GACUCCGGAUGGUCGGCCUGGGUCCCGCUCCGCCCCCUCCCUCCCUCCCGGCGCGCGCGCGCGAAUCCCUCUCCUCCCUCCCCGCCCGCCCGCCCGCCUUGCUGCCGCCUCGCUGCCCCGAUGCCCGCCCGGGCCGCCCCGCUGACCCCGGAGGAGCUGCGCCGGCGGUGAGUGCGGGUCUCCUCGCGGGGGGGGGGAGGCGCUUCCCCGCCCCGCCGGGGGGUCCCCAGCCCCUUUCCCGAGGGGCGCCUUCUCCCGCCGAGGCCGGGGCUCCCUCAGCGCCCCCCCCCCCGCCCCGCGUCCUCCCGGCCACGGAGCCUCCCAAGGAAAGUUUCCCGAAAGGAGGACUCUGGUCUCCGGAGGGGCGGCCGGAGGGAGCCUCGCCUGCGCGGAGGCCCGCAUUACUGGGGGGGGGGCGAGGUCUCCCCCUCCGGGAAUUGCCGCGUCCCAGUGAGGAAAGCGCUUUCCCUCUCAAUGCAGAGUUGUCGGGGUGCUCCUCGACCCGCAUUGCUGUGGCUGUCAAAUCACAACUCGAAGGGGGUUCAGCUGCCGGUAAAUGUCCCCAAGGAAUUCAUUGUCAACUUUCCGCUCCCUCCGCCCCGUCCCUUCUGAAGGGGCUGGUGCCCCAACUUUUCUUCGUGAAAAAAUAGGGUUCUGGGGAAUGAAGGUGACUAAUUCUCUGCUAGGAUUUUCCAAAAGCAGCGACGAUGUGAGGAGGAAGAGGAGUCACUUUUCCUGCAGCCAGCCUGCCUUUCUUUGGGGUGCAGAGGGGAGAACCAGCAGAGAAGCUGAAAGCAGCCCUUCAGUUUUCCGGGGGCUCACUGGCCCCCUUCUCUCCCUGUGCCCCCCUUGGCACCUGCGACAGGAAAUGGAGGAGCGUUUCUAGUGGAAAGCCUGGCUUGGCGGGAAUGUGCCUGGGUCUCUUGAGGGGAAGGGUUAAGCGGAAGCCCGGGCAAACGCCAUGGUGGGUUGGCGUCAUUGCCAGCCACGAGCUUGCAAUGGCUGCUUGGUUCUCCGCUUUCUAAUGCCCGCUGCGUUUCAGUGGAGCCCUUCCCUCCGCUCCCUUGGGAGGUGUUUUUUGGGUGCCCCCCCCCCAGGUCUAAUCUCGCCUACCUGUCAUUCCACAUAGUAGUAGCUGUCUAUUUCCCUAAUUUCCUUUGUCGAUAUGCCUCUGCUUGCUGCUUCUGAAACUGAUAUCUGUGCUCUGCUGCCAAAACAGGUUGGGUCUGGGAUGGGAGGUAGGCGCUGCCCUCUCUUGCCCCACUGGGAUUUCUUCCUAGCCUCUCACCUAGAGGAUGCCAGUUGCUUCUUUACACUGAAGUAACGCUGCACACCUUUACUGUUUCUCAACUUAUUUUUGAGCUUUUGAUCUUAUUUCUGAAAUUGUUGGUAGCAAAUAUUUAUCAACAUCAUUGUUUCUGUAUUCUGUUUUCUAACUUUCACUUUUCUCUCUCAGAUGGAAAAUAGCCAUGUAAUCCUUGUGCUAUAGGGUGCUGUUGUAGCUCAGGGUCUGUCAUGUCUCUGUGUUCCUGCUCUCAGAGCCAACCUAGGUGGUCCUUUGGGCCCGAUUGCAAAAUGGAAUCUGGAAAGUAAACAAGCUAGCCUUUGCACAGCCAUGCAGACCGAAAGAAGGAAAUGGUUAUUUCUCAUUUCUUUCCUUUUAUCAGCCUGCUUUCCACCUUGAAGGCUCUAGUAUGUGCAUUUUGCCCACCAUUACAGCUGUGAAUGGUUGUGAGGCUGUAGCUUGUGCCGCAUGGUGCAUCUGUUUGCGUAUCUACUUAGAAUCAUAGAAUCAUAGAGUUGGAAGAGACCACAAGGGCCAUCGAGUCCAACCCCCUGCCAAGCAGGAAACACCAUCAGAGCACUCCUGACAUAUGGUUGUCAAGCCUCUGCUUAAAGACCUCCAAAGAAGGAGACUCCACCACACUCCUUGGCAGCAAAUUCCACUGUCGAACAGCUCUUCCUGAGUCUCCCUACUUUCUGAGUCUCCCUCUCAGAGCAGUGCAGGCGGGCAGCAACUGCUUCUCUGCUGUUGUCUGGAGUCAACAGUCUGGGAGGAACUCGCUUGCCUUUCCCUUAUGAGAGCCAGUGGUGGCUCUAAACUUCAGCUCUGGGAUUUUCCUAAACUAUUUUCCCCCUUUCCGCAUUUUUCGAUUGUCUGCCCUCAAUGGGAACAUAUCAUUCUUGGAAGAGGAGGGGCUGAUGGUAGACUCUUGUCCAACACAGCAACAUGUUCUCAAACAAAACCUCUUCAGCUUCCAUUAUUUUCCAUCUCUGUGUUGCCUUGCACACAAGUUUGGUCUAUGGUUCUUUCGUAUGGAAGGGAGCUUCUGAGUGAAGGAUUCUGGGCCAGCAGCUCAGCCCAAGUGCUCUGCCUGUAAGUUCUAUUCUAACAGUUCAGACUUCUGUUUCUCUUUGGCAAGGGGUUGUGGGUAGGUGGCAUUUCUUAGGAUUCUGAAUUUGGCCCAGUAGAUUUGCAUUGUUGACCUUAAGCAAGUUAUACAUUCAGCACUUUUAGUCAGAGUUAGGCAGUUUGUUGAGCACGUCUGAUAAUGGCAAAUUUGAGGAAAAAAUAAUUCAGAUUUGGCAGCUUCUCUCAAGAGUCUUCAAAGAGAUUCUUCCCCAAGGAGAGAAGGCAUUGGAAGUACUUGUAUUUUAGCAGCCUAACAGGCUUCCAUUUCCAUUUUGCGCCAGGAAUGGACGACUCCCUUGACAUUGCAGGGAGAAGCAGAUAAAGAUAAUGAGAAUGGUGGGGGUUAAACCAUUCUCAGAAUUCCUUGGUGGGCUUGAGAGGAACGGACUCUUAUCCACUGUUUGCCCUGAGGUCUGGCACUCACUUCCCCAUGGAGUGUGAGAACAGGCAAAGGCACUGGGUGCAGAAGCACUUUGUCUGCCACAACACCCCGGACUCCUUUUCUGGAAAUAGAGGUCACCUCAUUAAUUGAUUUUUAAAUUGGCUUUAAAAUAAUGGGGGGUGGGUUGCUGGAAAAAUAUGCAAUGAUAAACUGUGGGACAUUCAGCUGCAUGAACUGAAAUAAGAUUUUAUUUGGUGCGAGAGACAGCUGGGAGAGGGAAGCCCAUGGUUUGCUUAUUCUAAGCUUCUUUUUAUAUUUAUGAUUCGGCAACCCUCUCUAGAAUGCAAGAUGAAAAAAUAUUUACAAGUGAGGAAGGGAGAAAUUUGAGUAUUAUUGAGAUUAAUUAGCAAGAAUGAAGACUGUGUGUGACUUGAAAAGAAGAAAGGAGGGGGAGGGGAAGCUCAAGUAUGCUGGAAACAUAAGAGUCGUUCCCCCCAACAUCGAAAAAGGAAGAAGAGACUGAGAUUUGUUUGUGCUUCUGGCAGAAUGUAAUUUAAGAUAAAGGAUAAUUGGCCAUAAAUCUCAGCUGUAAGGAAGAAAGGAAACAGGGCUGUGGGAGUGGUGUUGCAGAGAUACUGAGAGUUGCAAAGGAAAAUCUCCAGCACAUUCGAAAAUAGCCCACUUGCCAAGGCUGAAGAAAAACAAAGGUAAAGGACCUCUGGACAGUUAAGUCCAGUCAAAGGCGACUGGGUAUCUAUUUAUCUACUUGCACUGGUGUGCUUUUGAACUGCUAGGUUGGCAGGAGCUGGGACAGAGCAACGGGAGCUCACCCCGGAUUCAAACCGCAGAUCUUCUGAUCGGCAAGCCCAAGAGGUUCAGUUAGCAGGCUGUUGUCUGUUCUGAGACACUGAGGCAAGGGAUGGAGAGAUAAGUCCUUUGAGAAACUUUUGAAUGGCAGUUCUGCCUCAAGUCAUGAUGGGAGGCAGCAUCAGCUGGGAAGUGAAAGAGACAACACCAUAUAUGGUCAAAAGGAAUCUCCAUGGACAUAACAGUUUUUCACAUGCAGGACAGAACAAAGAUAAUACAGUGGAUGCUCGGGUUGUGAGCGUGAUCCGUGCGGGAAGCAUGUUUGCAACCCACAGCGUUCACAACACACAGUGCUGCGCAUGUGCACACGCGGCUUGUAAUUCGGAACUUAUGCGCAAAGCGCAAUUUAGCACUUCUGCGCAUGUACAACUACUGAAACCCAGAAGUAACCCGUUCCGGUACUUCCGGGUUUCGGUGCGUCCGUAACCCGAAAAAACGCAACCUGAAGCAUCUGUAACCCGAGGUAUGACUGUAGUUUGAAUUCCUCACUUGAAGUUUUAUAAAUUUAUAUAAUAUAACAACACGAAUGGAAAUCAUUAAUUAUGCAGCUGUUGAUUAAAAGAUUAUUAUUAUAACUGAAAUAUAACUGAAAUUAAUGAGAUUAUGAAACACAGUGACGUAAGAUCGGAACUGCAUCCAAUCCAUCAUGCGGGAGCCAUUUUAACUAAAAUGUAUUAAUUGGAAGUUGAUUGGCAUUUGUAUAAUUGUAUUAAUUGGGAAUUAAUUGAUAUUAUAAUUUGGCUAUUAUUGAGGGAAUAUUGGAAAACUAAUAAAAAAUUAUUUACAAAAAGACUUCUCGCCUAACAGAGAUUUCUUCCCUACAGUUCACUAAGUUGUAAAACAAGAAUGUAGACUAGUGUGCUAAGGAUGUGUUAUAUGCUAGGGUAGUGGUGGCUGGCCACUUUGGAUUUGUAGGAUAAGUAAAAAGAGACAUGGGAAAAAUAUCAAAAUUGGAUGCAAAGUUGGAGAGGGGGGAGGACUUGCAUGUGGCGGCACUCCCUUGGCCUCAGGGAAUGUCACAAUGGAACAGGAAUUAAAUGUGCAAAGUGCAAGCAAAUGGCGCCCUUUUUGCCUUGGCUUGUGUCCUGGGGCAAAGUGUGUCAGCAGCUCUUUGUUUUUGGUUGAGGGGGUGGUUCCCUGGUACGCAUCCAAAGAGAAACAUUUUGCCUCAAUGGAGUUAAGGAAUUAGUCAGUUUCUGAAAAAUUUGGUCCUGUUCUUACAGGCAUGUGUGUCUGUACACAUCAGGAAAUGACAGAAAGUGCAGAAGAGGGUCUCCAGAGUUGCUUUCUGGAACAUAUUGGUGCCUGUAUGUAGCUGGGGCCUCUGUUUAAUCAUGUGCUUUGAGGGAAAACUUUCAUAUGUCAUUUUGUAGAUUUCUGGCUUCCAGCUGGAAAUGUUUGCCUCUUGAGAAGAGGACACACAGAUUUUGGGGGAAGUGGAAUUCAAAGCCUAAGGUCUCUAUGUGAAUCCACAAAUACAGAUACAUCAGUAUAGGAAGGGGGUGACCAGAGGGAAGCAGGUUUUCUAUGUGCAUUGCAGGGGGUUGGACUAGAUCAUCCUCGUGGUCCCUUCCAACUCUAUAAUUCUAUGAUUCAUCUCUCCCUUGGCCUUUAUCAGUGGAACCCAUUCUUUCCCUCCAACCCAAAUUGGCAUGUCAGCAACCCCACUGCUGCUUCCCUCUGGGUAGGCAGCUGUGGGUCUAGGUUAGGGGUAGCCAACAUGGUGACAUCUGGAUAUUGUUGGAUUUCAACUUCCAUCAGCCCCAGCAAGCCUGGCCAUUGGUCAGGGAUGAAUGGGAGUUGUAGUCAAACAAUGUCCUGCAGGAGCUGCUGCCUCUGAAGGGCUGAGCUUGGCUUUGGCUCCCCCCCCCCCCAGCCAACUCUUCCUGGGAAAUUAGGGAAGCAUUCCACAGAUCUGAAAUAAUCCUUGCUAGCCAGCUAGAACAUGCUCUCAGUUUGUGGGUCUGUGAAGGGGUGGGCAGUAGCAUGGAUUUCCUCCCUAAACUGAGCACUCUAGACCCCCACCCCAGCUAUUCUAAGGGAUAAUCUUUCUAUAUAGGUUUCUACCCCACUCAAUUCCAAUUCUUCCCUCAGAAUGGUUUUGUUGGAUUGCCAUCUUAGUGAAUAUGGCAAAUAAAGCAACAACAAAACAAAUAACAGCAUGGAAUGCUAAGGCAUGCUUGACUUCUUCCCGGGUUCUUUGUCCUUCCUGGGCUUGGAUGACCAAAUUCUCGUGUCAGCUGAGGGAGACAUCCAUUUUCUCACUCUGUGGAAAUGUAUUGAUUUCUCUUUCUCGAGGUGAGGCUUCCUGAGCAGUGCUGGUGGGGAGAACCAACCAAGUGAUGCCAUCCCAGCCACAGCCAUUAACAGGGCUAGAAUAAGGGAGAUGGAAGUAACAUUUUAUUUUUUCAGCCAACUUAGGUAUCUCCUUAUUCUCUGCAGUAAGCCAGGUGGCUCUUGGGUACUAUUGACAGAUGACAUGGUGCAGAUAAAAGAAUCUGAGACAUCUGGAGGGGUCAGGUUCUCCAUGUCUGCCAAUAAACGCUGCUUCCCCCCUGAGUCCUAUUGCCCAGGCAUGAGGGCAGCAGGGAGACGUGUGUUGGUGUCCCACAUACUGCUGCCAAGCCCCUCUUUCUCCCUUCCCUACUCCAGUGUCAUCCAGGAGGUGAAAUACCACCUGUCUCAGCCCUCUGAAGCUCCCUUGUAAAAGGCUGUUUCCUAAUGAGGAACUGUGUUUGUUUUUGUUUGUUUUUAAAACAGGCUAAAAGAUCUAGAAAGGGAUGAAGAUGGUCUUGGUGAAAGAGUGAGUGCAUGAGUGUCCCCCUCCCCCUUUUAAUGGAGAGUCAUGCCGGUGCCUCCUUGCAGCCACCCCCUGAGAAGGUGUCAGUUGCCACUUUAAUAUGCUGUCUGUCUGCCUCUCUGUCUGUCUUUAGGAAUGUGUUAAGGAAAAACUGAGUCUGAUGCACGGCUUCUUGCAAGCCGAUGUUCAGAAUCAACUGAAAGACCUGGAGACCAAGUUUCACAAAGAGGAGCUUUCAGAGGUAGGUAAUUAUAGGGAUGGGUCAGUUCCUCCUGUUCCAUUCAGAUACCGUUCUGUGGGUUUGACUGUGCCUGCCUUCCCAGUUGGAUGGGGAUGAUUUCUAAAAUGAGAAAGGUUCUCCAGUUUGCUGCAGUUAUCAACUCAUUUAUUUCUUUUUUUAAGGUGGGGAGAUAAUAACUUCAUUCACUCUUGAUCUAGCUAGCAGUGGGGAACAAACAUAUAUAUAUAUGUAUUUAUUUGUGUAUGUGUACACACACACACACACACACACACACACACACAUAUAUUCUGCUGGGCAGAUCAGAUGGUUUGUGGGGUAACGUGGCAGCAAAAGACUUGUCUUUCGGUGCCACACUUCCCUGCAGACCACCUGAUGCACCUGGCAGCAAAAUAAUAAUAAUAAUAAUAAUAAUUAAUAAUAAUAAUAAUAUUGAUUGAUUUUACUGAUUGCUUGCUGCUGUAGAGCGAAUUAGGUGGUCUAUGGGGUAGCAUGGCAGCAAAAUUAAAAUGGCACCUAGACAUUUUGUUUUGGCGUCUAGAACACAAGUCCCAGGAGUCACAUGGUUCCUAGCUUUAUAUAAAUUGUUUUUUUUAAAUCUAAGGCAGAUUGUAAAUUCCAUAGAUUGCUCUAGAUUGCGCUAAAUUGUAUGACUCUGCAUUAGGAUCAUAACUAGGAUGAUAACUCCACAGUAUUCUGUUGAGACAAUUGCCAAAACAAUAGAUUUCUGCCUGUCUUUUUCUAUACAUAUUCAAGGACACUGAGCCAGAUCAUUGCAUUGUAGGCUAAGGGCUAUUUCACACAGUGUUUGAAACUCCCAUUAUUCUCGGCGCAUUUUGUGACUGGUAAUUUCAUUAGCUCAAGCAGUUUCUGAGCUCUGGGUGCAGUACUGCGCCUAAGAUUUCAGAUUAAAACUGCAGAGUGGAAGGAAAGGAGGACCUUUUCUGCCUCCCCACUUCUAGCUACUAUCUGAAGCCUGGAGAAGAGACCCUCUUAAGAAUAUCAGGGGGGUGGGCAUGGCUUUGUUUUUUGAAAUCUUCAGAUGAGAACUAGACAAUGUGAAACAUGAAUAUGAGAUUUUAGCUGCAGUUCAUUCAUUUUCAGCCUUGUAUUCUUGUUAUAAAAAGUGUGCCUAGGCAUUCAAUUGUUGCACCCAUAACCUAGGUUUAAGGUGCCAUUUAGCUCCCAGCCUUCGUAUCUGUUUCUAACACUGAUUUCAUACUCUGGCCUGGCAUGUAGACUCUGUAGUGUUGUGCUGUAAGAAUAAGUGUGUGGGGGGGUAUUAUUAUUAAUUUUUGUAUACCACCCUACAUCUAUAGAUCUCGGGGCAGUUGGUAGCAUACUUAUCAUGCUAUUGCAUGUCAAAAAUAUUGUGUGAGUGAAAGGAUAUAUGUGUAGAUUUGACUGUGAUUUAUAUCUUGGCCAGGCAGUUCAUCUGCUGUAAAGGAGCAUGGACAGAUUGUCCACUGUGUUCCACAGCUGGGCGAUAAUCCGAUUUAUUGUCUGAAACCGGUAUGGCAUUCACACUGCACUAUCGGUUUCAGACAUUUUGAGCUGCCGAUACGUCUUGGCUCCCCAUCCGCCAUGUAUUGGCAGCUCAAAUUGCCUUCACUGGAGCUGGCAGGUUGCGUCUUUCCUCUUUUGCUCCCAGAAGAAAGACACAGCAGGUGGAACCAGGAUCUCAGAAUUUCUUAUCUCCCCCCUCCUCCUCUGCAAAGUCCAUUGAUGUGCCCAGAAUAUGUGCACUGCACUCAUCCUGUUCCUCUUUCCCUUUGCUGCAGGAACUGUACCUGGCCAAAGUCAAAACCUUGCUCCACCAAGAACUCGCUUUGGAGAAUGGAGAUAGCCUGGAGCUUGGCCAGAAGCCCAACGGCUGCACAGAAAAUGGUGCCUAUGGCAGUGAUGAAGAGCCCGAGAGAAGCAGCAGCAAGGGAGAAGAGGACAGCACCAUGGAGGUGGAGGGGGCAGCAUCGUCUUGCUCCUCCACACCAUUGGCCUCACCCUCUGUGCCCAAAGCCCGCAGGGGCAGGAAGAGCAAGUCCAACAGUGAGAACAGAAGUACGUCAUUUAGAGACUUGCUUUAACAUGGCUCUUGGGAGUCUCCACUACUUUGACUCUGGAUACAUAGCAUAAAUGGCAGGAAAGCCAAAGCCUUCUGGAAAUUGAGGGUGUUUCUCUCCCCACUCCCACUUACUAUUUAGGUUUCAAAUAAAUGAGGGCAGAUGUGGCAUAGUUACAUCUGUAGACUUGUUUGCCAGAGGUUGGCCUUUGACUAGUUUUAUUAGCGGAGCAUUGCAGGUUCUCAUUUACGUUCAGCCUGGACAAAUGAGCCAUCUGCAGGAUCUGCUCCUAGAAUUGGCUUGCUGUCUCCUUGCAUACAGAUAGAUUUUCAUCCUGCUUUAAGAGCGUGAACCCUUUUUUUUUAUUUUUAAGGAAAAUAGGAAGUGAUGAUGACGAUAAUGAUGAUUUUGAGAAUGCAAAUUCUGUUUCAAAAUUCAACAAGCCUGAUAAUGAACAUUUUGAGUCCCUUCCCUUUUUAUUUUUCUUUCCCUUUGGUGAAAGCAUCAGGGUCCUGUGACAUCUGGAGGGCACUGGGUUGGGGAAGGCUGCUGCAGAUAGUGAUGGCAAGCUCUUUGUAAGGAAUAUAUGCAAGCAAGUCUGUCCUUCAAGUCUGUUUCAGAUUAAGAUUCUGCAGUUGGUAAUAGAAGAUGGGUUUGUUUGGGCUUGGCUGGGGGGGCGGGGAAUCUAAUCUGCUUUAAGCACUUUGAAAGCAGCAGAAACCUUUUAUGUAUGGUAACUGCAACUGAUUCUAUUUUUUAAAUUAAUCUGCAGAAUCCCCAAGCAGUUCAAGGAUCACCCGUAGUUCUGGCAAGCAACCAACCAUAGUAGCUAUGUUUUCCAAAGGGUGAGUAGGUUGUGUGUAAACCUGGUGUGACUGUUCUUUUGUGGGUUUUUCUUAAAGAUUCUUUUCCUUAUUUGACUCUCAUCCCCCAUACUGCUGCCACCUUUUACUCUGAUUGCCUCAUUACCACUUACAUCAAGUGGUUAACAUUGAGCACUGAACGGUACAGGUGUUCAUGUGAGACACGGAGCAGCCAGGUGACCUGGGGAAAGAAACAUCAGGCAAGUGGACCUCUGUUGGAGAUCAAGAAUAAGAGAGCAAGAAGAUCAAGUACAGUGGUGCCUCGCAAGACGAAAUUAAUUCGUUCCGUGAGUUUUUUCGUCUAGCGAAUUUUUCGUCUUGUGAAGCACGAAAUCCCAUAGGAAUGCAUUGAAAUUCAAUUAAUGCGUUCCUAUGGUCAAAAAAAGUCCAAACAAAGCCAAAUUUGGUACAACAAGAGUUUAUUAAGUGCUUUUUAAAGUCACACAUACUGUAAAGAGCAUUUCAAAAAUUGAAGGAACAAUACAAAUCAUAAAAAUUCAGAAAAAAACCACACAAGCUUCCAGAUUCUUGCAAACCCCUCCUCAACUGUUCCCCCAGCCACCCACCACACAGAAAUUCAAAUCCAGAAUUUUUUUUAAAAAAACAGCAGAGUGGCCCAAUGGUCACAGAAAAUCAUAAAAAUUCAGAAAAAACCACACAAGCUUCCAGAUUCUUGCAAACCCCUCCUCAACUGUUCCCCCAGCCACCCACCACACAGAAAUUCAAAUCCAGAUUAUUUUUUUUUAAAAAAGCAGAGUGGCCCAAUGGUCACAGAAAAUCAUAAAAAUGCAGGAAAAAACCACACAAGCUUCCAGAUUCUUGCAAACCCCUCCUCAACUGUUCCCCCAGCCACCCACCACACAGAAAUUCAAACCCAGAUUUUUUUAAAAAAAAACAGCAGAGUGGCCCAAUGGUCACAAAAAAUCAUAAAAAUGCAGAAAAAAACCACACAAGCUUCUAGAUUCUUGCAAACCCCUCCCCAACACCAAGUCCUUGAAUUCCAAACACCCCAACCCAAAAUCCAAAAAGCCCCAAAAAAGUUUUAAAAGUUUAACUUACCAAAUGGCUGCAAAAGAAGUUUUGGAAAAGCUUAAAAAAUCACCAAAGUCUUCAAAAACCUCAAAAAAGGCUACCACACCGCAUGCUAUGAGUUGCUCCUCGAAGUCAAGUCGCAACUGCACCUCUUCAAGCAAUGCACCCUGUAUUACUGUAACGGUUUUAAGAAAAGGAAACAAACUUGCAAGACGUUUUCGUCUUGCGAAGCAAGCCCAUAGGGAAAUUCGUCUUGCGAAGCAGCUCAAAAAACGCAAAACCCUUUCGUCUAGCGAGUUUUUCGUCUUGCGGGGCACCACUGUACAGUCGUACCUCGGAAGUUGAACAGAAUCCGUUCUGGAAGUCCGUUCGACUUCCAAAACAUUUGGAAACCAAGGCGUGGCUUCCGAUUGGCUGCAGGAAGCCGCGUCGGAUAUUUGGGUUCCAAAAGAACAUUCACUAACUGGAACACUCACUUUCGGGUUUCUGGUGUUCGGGAGCCAAAAGGUUCGACUUGCAAGGCGUUCAACUUCCGAGGUACGACUGUAUAUAAAGAGGAGUGGAAAAAUUUUGUGGAAUAUUUGGAAAAUAACUGUAAAGCAAGUGAAAAUGUUAGCAGCAUUAAGGUAAAUUCAGUAGUAUAACACACAGUACAGAGAGAUAAUUGCCGGGGGGGGGGCGGACAACGAUGACUAAAAUGGAUUUUUUUAGUUCUUAGAAUAUGCAGAAAAUAUGGGAAAAUUUAAAGAACCAUGGAAGGGGAAGGAGGGAAGUUGAUGAAUGUACAGCUACAAUGGUGGAUAUUUAAUGAUGGAAAUGUAUAUUUGAUCAUUUUCAAUAAAAAUCAAUUAAAAGAAUUAAAUUAAAAUGUCACAUAUCCAUGGCUAUCCAAUUCAUGCUGCGUUAUCUGAACAGGGUUUGUAAAGUUAAAACCCAUUUAGUUUUUCUUAGCUUUCCACCUUCAUUAAUAAGCACAGUGAACAUCUUGUCAAAAUAACGUUACCUAAAUUAAUUCCUUUUUGCAAUAGAUCCAAUAAACGCAAAUCUGAGGAAGUGAAUGGAGACCUGAAACAAGAAAUUAGUGUAGAAAAUGAGGAGGAGGAAGAGGAGGAGCAGCCUGGAGAGAAGGUAAAUGCUGAUUGCUUUACUAGUUUACUCCACCACCACCAGAAUGCUUGAAAUGUAUGCAUGAAACUUCUGAAUUCUCACUUGCAUUUGGAAUUUUGGAUUUAAUAUUGCUGUUUCACCCUGGAGUGGGGAUAAAUUAUGGGCCCUUGAAAAGCCUUUGCCAGCUUGGUGCCCUCCAGAUGUUUGGGACUGCUGUUCCUGUCAGCCUGAUGGGAGCACCUGGAGGCUUCCAGGGUGGUGAAGGCUGCCCUAGAAGGUUAAUGUUGUUGUUGUUGUUUAGUCGUUUAGUCGUGUCCGACUCUUCGUGACCCCCUGGACCAGAGCACGCCAGGCACUCCUGUCUUCCAUUGCCUCCCACAGUUUGGUCAGACUCAUGUUUGUAGCUUCAAAGACACUAUCCAACCAUCUCGUCCUCUGUCGUCCCCUUCCUCUUGUGCCCUCCAUCUUUCCUAACAUCAGGGUCUUUUCCAGGGAGUCUUCUCUUCUCAUGAGGUGGAAGAGAAGACUUCACACCUAAUUUUAAAGGUUAAUACUUCACACCUAAUUUUAAAGAAAGAGAAAAUGUUUCUUUCUUCUGAAUACCAUCUUCCUUUUUGCUCUCAAGGAACAAGAUGAGAAAAGAAUCAAAAUAGAAGCCAAAGAAGGGUAAGUGACUGGGCGCAUGAGAUCUCAUCAGCUUUCUCUGCAUGUAUGUUUGCUAGCAAGAAAUGUAACCAUUUUCAUCAAUGGAUACGAAAAGCAACACUCUCUUUUUGUUUUUGGGAACAUACUUAGGCCAAAACUAAACAUUUACGACACAUGGCCACCACAGAAAAUGAUAGCUAAUAAUAAUAAUAAUAAUAAUAAUAAUAAAUAAUAUUUAUUCCCCACCAAUCUAGCUGGGUUUCUAGCAGCACAUAUAAAAACAUAGUAAAACAUCAAACAUUAAAAUCUUCCAGAUACAGGGCUGCCUUCAGAUGUUGUGUAGUUCUUUAUCUCCUUGACAUUUGAUGCGAGGGUAUUCCACAGGGCGGGCACCACUGCCGAGAAGGCCCUCUGCCUGGUUCCCGGUAGCUUCACUUCUUGCAGUGAGGGAACCACCAGAAGGCCCUCGGAGCUGGACCUCAGUGUCCGGGCUGAAUGAUGGUGGUGGACACGUUCCUUCAGGUAUACAUGACCAAGGCCGUUUAGGGCUAUAAAGGUCAGCACCAACAUUUUGAAUUGUGCUCGGAAAUGUAUUGGGAGCCAGUGAAUAUUCUUUAAGACUGGUGUUAUAUGGUCCCGGCAGCCACUCCCAGCCACCAGUCUACAUGCCGCAUUCUGAAUUAGUUGUAGUUUCUAAGUCACCUUCAAAGGUAGUCCCAUGUAGAGCGCAUGUCAAUAAGCAGGAGAUAGCCAGAGCAUUCACCACUCUGGUGAGACAGUCUGUGGGCAGGUAGGGUCUCAGCUGGUGUACCAGAUGGAGCUGGUAGACAUUACUCUGGACACAGAAUUGAUCUGCACUUCCAUGGACAGCUGUGAGUCCAAAAUGACUCCCAGGCUGCUCACCUACUCCUUCAGGGCCACAGUUGCCCCAUUCAGGACCAAGGAGUCCCCCACACCCAUCUGGCCCAUCCCCCAGAAACAGUACUUCUAGUCAGGAUUCAGCCUCAAUCGGUUAGCUGCCAACCAUCCUCCAACUGCCUCCAGACACUCACAGGAUAUUCACUGCCUUCACUGGUUUCAGUUUAAAGGAGAGGUAGGUCUGGGUAUCAACAGCAUACUGGUGAAAACUCAGCCCAACCCCCCUGAUAAUCUCACCCAGCAGCUUCAUAUAGAUAUUGAAAAGCAUGGGGGAGAGGACAGAACCCUGAGGCACCCCACAAGUGAGAGCCCAGGGGUCUGAACACUCAUUCCCCAACCAAUUUCUGGACACGGUUCCAAAGGAAGGAGCCGGACUACUGUAUAACAGUGCUCCCAGCUCCUUUAGUCAGUCCAGAAGGAGGUCAUGUUUGAUGGUAUCAAAAGCCGCUGAGAGAUCCAGCAGAACUAGGAAACAGCUUUCACCUAUGUCCCUAGCCCACCAGAGAUCAUCGACCAGCGCGACCAAGGCAGUUUCAGUCCCAUGAUGAGGCCUGAACCCCGAUUGGAAGUGAUCCAAAUGGUCCACAUCCUCCAGGCAUGUCUGGAGUUGUUCAGCGACCACAUGAUCAGUCACCUUGCCCAAUAAUGGAUGGUUUGAGACUGGGCAAUAGUUAGCCAUAUUGGCCAGGUCCAAAUAUCUACCUACCUAUGGCCCUCCCUCAAUCCAGUUUCCAAAAAUCUAGAGCAGUUUACCUGAGGAGACUAGGACAGUUCGCUGUUUACAGACUAGGGGUGAUGGAGCCAAACUUAAGUCAUGCUUAGAGAAGACCCAUCAAAAUCAAUGGCACUUGACCAGGCACAGGCAACCUUGGCCCUUCAGAUGUUUUGGGACUACAGUUCCCAUCAUCCCUGACCACUGGUCCUGUUAGCUAGGGAUCAUGGGAGUUGUAGUCCCAAAAAAUCUGGCGGGCCGAGGUUGCCUAUGCCUGCACUUGACCAUGACAUUAUUUCAGUGGGUUUGACUGAGUCUAAAUCCAACACUCAAGCCACUGGUGGUGUGGGAGGCCAGGGUUGAAAUUUCCACUCAGCCAUGAUGUUUUCUGGCUGCUCUUGGGCCAGUUACAGUCUCUUAGCCUAACCUACCUCACAUGGUUGUGAGGAUAAAAUGCAGAGGGAUGAGAACCACACAUGCCACCCUCAGCUCUUUGGAAGAAAGGGGGGAUAUAAAUGUAGUAAUUGUAGUAGUAUAGCGAUGAUGAUGAUGAUGAUGAUAAAUAGAUUUCCUGAGGGUCACAUGCCAGUGUUGGGUGUGGCAAGAGUUAAAAGCAAGGAGUUCGCCCCUUCUCUCUCCUCCCCCCCCCCAUUGAGCAGCUGGAAGGGAAAUCAAACUGAUUUCUUGCAGGAAGCUUUUGAAAUUGGGCUGAGAGCUGCUGGCUGCUCACCCACCUCUGCCAAGAGCGGUGCCAGCCGCAAAUAAAAGGUGCAGUGGGAGCAGUGAUAGUUCAUGUUCUUUUGAGCUCUAGCUGUCUAGUCCGAAGAAAAAGCAACCCUGUUGCACUUCUAAAAAUGAAAAGAAAAAAAAAGCCCUGUAAAUGUUGCCUCUGGCACGAGGAGAGAAAUGAAGUAUCUCCAUAUUUUGGAGAGUGGCUGCAGUGGGUGUUUGGAUUACACAAAGCCACUCCUCCUUGGCUAGCUUGAAACAUCUGUACAGAUGUACUAGUUAGCUCUAUGAUGGGAAGAAAGGAGAAAUUUGCAUGUAGGAGGUGCAGGGGAGAGAAUCGGCUCCUUCCCUGAAUCUGGUCCUCUCUAGAUGUUUUGGACUACAGCUCCUGUCAGGCCCAGUCAGCAUGGCCAAAUCUCGGAUGUUGGGGUUGUAGCCUAAAUUAUCUAGAGGGCCUCAGACUGAUUACCCUACAGAAAAACCAUUGUUUAGAGAGCAGGAACAUCAGGAAUCCCAUCCAGGUCAGAAGCGCUUUGUUUUCAUUCCUUAGGCUAAAUAAAGAAACACAGAAUAUUGAAAUGGAGCAGUCAGUCUCUGUCCUGUUCAUGCAUUGAUGGAAGUGAGAGUAGAGAGUAUAAAAUGGCUCCCCAGAAUACACAGUUUCUUUAAGCUGAAAGUGUCUUUGUACAGUGGUACCUCAGGUUACAUACGCUUCAGGUUACACACUCCGCUAUCCCAGAAAUAGUGCUUCAGGUUAAGAACUUUGCUUCGGGAUGAGAACAGAAAUCAUGCUCCAGCGGCGCAGCGGCAGCGGGAGGCCCCAUUAGCUAAAGUGAUGCUUCAGCUUAAGAACAGUUUCAGGUUAAGAACGGACCUCUGGAAUGAAUUAAGUACUUAACCCGAGGUACCACUGUAUAUGAAAGCAUUUUACUGCAUGGACUUAUCAAAGUCUCUGUAUCCAGUGACUUAAACAAUAUUAUUCUUGUGCUAGCUUAUAUUACCCAACUUGUUGCACUGUGUGAGGGUUUUGUUUUGUUUUUUGCCCAGGUCUGAAAUAAAAGAAGAAGCAAACCAGGUUAAAACUGUGCCACCUGUUAAGGUCAGUAAGUGUUGGUUUGUUUUGUAUCUGGUUGGAAUACUAGACAUUUGUGGUGUGCAUAUGCACACACUCCGCCCUGGAAUGACUGGAACAUCAGCAGUUCAAGAAGAUACUAUUUUUUCUGAUUUUCAGGACAGGCAUUUAAUGCCUCUGUCAGGUGGAACUUUGGGUGGGUUCAGAUAUACCACAUCAGCAUUGCUCUGAUACCAUAUCUUGGCCUUGGUUUACUGUCUUUAAGAACAGAAAAAUAGUGAAUGAAAGUGGCAUAACUUUGUGUGUUUUGUUCUUAAAAAUGAGUCAGAAAAGCAGCUAAGCAUUUGGAAGGGCUCCAUAAAUGAUGGCCGGUACAGUGGAAUGGAAUGGUAGGACUGAUGAAAUCCUGCCUCCCCCUUUCAGCUAGAUUUAGCCAACUAUGAGUGAGCAAUCCCUGCAUUUUCUAGAAAUGCCACUUAUGCGCAUGAAACCUGUUGGGUAUCCUUUCUGGCUAGGUACCAGUGACCCAGAGCAGUACAGUAACAGCUUUUACACCAGGGAUGGGGAACUCUCUUGCCCUGCAGAUGGUGAUGGACUCAAAGUCUCAUUAUCCCUGACCACACUGUCUGAUGGGAGUUGGAGUCUAACUACAUCUGGAGAGAUGCAGGUUCCCUGACCCUGGUAUCAUCCUUACCCAGCCUGGUUCCCUUCAGAUGUUUUGGGCUCCCGUUUCCCAUCAGCUCAGCUGGCAUGGCCAGUGAUCAGGAAUGAUGGGAAUUGGAGCUCAGCAACAUCUGGAGGGAACCUGUUUUUAAUAUGAUUUUUGUAAGUGGACCUAUAAAUGUUUUACUUUGAAAUGGUAGGGUCUAAUGUCACUUAAGUAACAAAUUCCCAGAGUUAUUCAGCCACAUCACAAGCUUAUUGGCAGCACCAUUUUUAGAUCCUGGUCACCUGAAUUCACCACCUUGCAUUUUCUCCUUAUAUCUUUCUCUUCCAGACCACUCCUCCCAAGUGUGUUGAAUGCAGGCAAUACCUAGAUGACCCUGAUCUCAAGUUCUUCCAAGGAGAUCCUGAUGAUGCCGUAAGCCCAUCCUUUGCAGAUGAACAAAAAGAAUUCUAUCUUGCUGGUAUAUGUCUAGAAUAAAAUUUUGUAUCUUCCUAGCUGGAUGAACCCGAGAUGCUGACAGAUGAGCGCUUGUCCAUCUUUGAUGCCAACGAAGAUGGGUUUGAGAGUUACGAUGACCUGCCUCAGCACAAAGUGACUUCCUUCAGGUGAGGCCUUGUGCUGACUUGCCAUAAAGCAGGGCUGGUUAACUUGUGGUCUUCCAGUUGUUACUGUUGGACACCGGCUCCCACCAACCCCAGCCAGCAUGACUAGUGGUCAGGGCUGAUGGGAGUUGUAGUCCAGCAGCAUUGGGAGCAUGCCACAUUAGCAAGCACCACUGUAAAGCCUAGGUAAUUGAAUCUCAGGGUGGGACAAGUAUGGAGGGAGUCAUGAAUACUGAAAAUUUGCUGCCUGGGGGACUGCCCCUCCCUACAUCUCUGAGACUCCAAGCAGGAAUCUGCAGUAGCAGCAGUUGGAGGAAGGAUCUGCUAAGCUCUGAGGCUUAGAAACUAGAGGGUGAUAAGGGCAGAAGGAAGCAGGUAGCAGUCUGCUCAAAAAAGAAAGCUUUGAAUGUCCAUUUAUUUCUGAUCCAGAGGUCUACAGUGCAGCUGUGUGUGUUUGCUUGCCAAAUAGAAAGGGUUGAGAUUGGGCAGGGGCGAGGGUGCAGCAGUAUGGGGCACCUUAUUAAUAAACACAACCCCUUGAGGAUACGCCAGUGUGUUCCUAGGUUUGGGGCUGUGCUCCAUUGCAGCCUCCAAGCAUCCCCACAGAAGUCUGGUAGGGAUCCUUGGGGAUCCUUGGGGCACCUGCUGGAACUGUGUUGCUUGAGUGCAGUAAGAUCUUUGGGAAGGCGGGUGCCCAGCAGCACAGUCAGCUGCACUGGCAGCCCUCUGGAGCCCCCAGCGCUUAACAGGAUGGUGUGGUUUAAGCCACAGGAAGGGGUUUGGGAUCUCGGGUGAUUUUCAGAAGCGGUGACUUUCUGAAUCCGAACUGUCUUUAACAAUGGGAGCAAUUUAAAGGCUUCUUGCACUCCCUAAAUUAGACUUCUGACAUAGAGAAAGCUUUGGAGGAAAAGACAGGCUAAGUUUUUAACCCUGGGCUGAUCAGGGUUAAAGAGACACUGUCUUUUAUUCUCAGCUUAUGUUCCUGAACCACUAUUUUGGACUUUGCUCCACUUGGUGGUCCUCAGUUUGUAAGUAAAUAAAGCAGAACACACAAGUUUCAAGGCUGCCUAUCCCUGGUUUAAGUCACCCCAGCUUUUCUGUUGCUUUUGAUUUUCCCAGUCUGGUGGGACAGUUCCCUGUGUACAGCUAUGAAAUAGGAUAGGGUUGGCCAGGAAAGUUGUCCGCAGUGAUGGGUAAUAUUAGUACAGUACAUAUCGGUUAUAUAUGGUUAUGGUUCUUGGCCUUUGGCAAUUCUAUAAUCAGUGUGGCUUCCUUUUACUUUACAAAAGAAAAAGGUGAAUCAGUCUUCCUGUGUUCUGCAUCUCAUGGCCUCCACUUACGUUUUCAAGCCUCGCCACUACUCUCACUGGAGCCCUGACUCUUCUAUUUUGCUAUCACCACUUGGUUUGCCACCCUUUGCCCCAAGAGCUGUAAAAGCACUUUGUACACACUUUACAGCUACAUUAAUGAGAAACUGGAGGUUUUUUUAGUUGGCUGUUGUGAAAGACUAUGCAACCUUUUCCUUUUCUGUGCAGUGUUUAUGAUCGAAAAGGCCACCUGUGCCCAUUUGAUACUGGUCUCAUAGAAAGGAAUAUCGAACUCUACUUCAGUGGUGCAGUAAAGCCAAUAUAUGAUGAUAACCCUUGUCUGGAUGGUAAGUGUGGCCCUGCAGGCAGGUUUUCCCUAUCCCCCCCCCAUUUAAUUUAUAUGAUGCUCUUAAUUUAAAACUCCAGGGCGGGGUGUUCACAUUCACUCUGCCACAUACAUAACUGACACAUCAUAUUAACCUGUCAUAAAACUGGAGUGCAAAUUAUGUCUGAUUGACUUCCAAAGGAAGGGAGUUUCACAGGGAGGGUGUAGCAACAGAGAAGACCAUCAGCCAUGGAACUGCCUCAGGGCCUCACCCAGAGGCAGCACCCAAAGAAGACCCCUUUAAUCUUAGUGACCAGACUGGCACAUACCAAGAGAGGUGCUCUUCCAAGUUACAUGGACCCUGAACUCUUCAGGGUUUAAAGGUUAAUGGUAAAUCUUAAAUUAGAUAUGUAAAUGAAUAGGUAACUAGCACAGAUCAUGGAAAAUAAAUGUGAUAUGACUUCAAAGUGGCUUGCUGCUCAAUAACCUAGUGGCUGAAAUCUAUACCAGCUUCUGAACAGUCUUCAAGGGCAGCCCCAUGCAGACCACAUUACAGUAGUCCAGACUUGAGGUAACCAGGGCAUGGAUUGCUGUGACAAGUCUAUUCCAAUUCAGUGACAGCCAUAGCUGGUAAACCAGCCAGAGCUAGAAAUAGGCUUUCAUUAAGCUAUCUGAGCCUCCCGUGGCAAAGAUGGAUCCCAGAGUGCCCCCAGGCCACGAACCCGGAUCCUUCAAGGGGAGUGCAGUGCCCUUCAGGACACACCAUUUACCCGUCUUCUGGAAUCGGGAACCAACGACCAGCAGAGCCAACAGCUUGUUGGAAUUCAGCUCCAGCUUAUUGGGCCCCAUCCAGACCAUUAUCCCAGAUGACCUGAGAAGGGGGAGAGACAUUAACACAUUUCCCCAAAGCCUUUGGUACCACCCCCUACGGCAAAGAGGCAUUUGCCACUCCUUGGACCCAUCCUGUCAAGUCACAAUGGGCUGCAGUCCAGGGUACAGGUGGUGGGACAGCAUUUCAGAGGCUGCAAGUACACUUUGCCCACAAAAGAGACACUUAACCCCGUGUUUGCUUGUUGCAUUACUAGACGAGCCACUGGAUGCUGCUAAAUUAGCUAAGCAUCGUUCAUUCAUGACAGGAAGGUCAAAAGUUUUGUCUUUAAUUAGCCAUUGUAAAUCAAGUAACAAGAUAUUUGCAGCUUCCCAAGGGUAAGACGGACCAAUUAAGUGCCUUGGUUUUGGUGCAGGUGUGGAUCUAGUGACCUGGUGGAAAAGGAAGUGAGCUUCUCAGGCCAGCCCACUUGUAUCUGCAAGCUUCCAGGGGAAGCAAAGAACCCUAAGAAACCAGCCAGAGGUGGUUGCCCAGCUCCUGUUCCUCAGCGUGGGCUUAUUAAAGCACAUGCAUCCACCAUGGCCUAGCAACUAAGUGAUUUUAAAAUAUGAUGCCUCUCCAUUUUCAUCACUGAUUUUAGGUGGUGUCCGAGCCAGAAAGAUGGGUCCCAUCAAUGCAUGGUGGAUCACUGGUUUUGAUGGAGGUGAGAAGGCUUUGAUUGGAUUCACCACAGGUAAGCUUUUAAGAAAAUCAUCAUCCCUUUCAGUUUUGUCUGUGUCCUGCUUUUUCAUGCUCAGCGCAUACUUGGAAUGGCUCACAACAGCAUCAGAAAAAUCUACGUAAUGAAAUACCAGCAAUAUUUCAAGAUAAUUCACCAACAAUUACAAAAUAUAACAAUUUUUAAAGAAACAACCAUACAAAUAUUAAUAGGCCUCCCAAAAUGUAUUAAUAAAUAUGAACAAAUACAAAAAUAUAUAAACAGCAGAAAAACAUUACAUAUUUUUUGAAAUUAAAGUUUUCCCCAACAAGAACAACCACUCCUAAGUCACUGACUCUUCUAAGUGAGCCAGAUAGACAAGGGGGACCCAGGCCUUGCAGAACUCACAGCUCAGUCUCUGGGAUUUGUUGCAGAAACUACUGGCAGCGAUGAAAAGCGUCUUCUUCUGCCAACCCCAGUUCUCUUGCAUGCUGUGCUCAAAAUGGGGAUGCCAAUCCCCUUCCCUUUCCAGGUGGGCUUAAUUGAGUGGCCUAAUUGUCCCCCUUCAUCCCUGAUCACCUCCACCACUAUGGGCGCUGCAUAUGUGACUGCGCAGAGCAAGCAAUCCUCACAAAUCCACAGCACGACCUAUUUGCAAAGCUGCGCAUGUGCUUUACCAGCCAAGGAGCAGGACAUGCUGCCGCACAUCUUUACAUGCAUGUUCUGUCAGUGAGCUACCAUGGAAUUGACCUCAGGGAAUGGCAAACUGUGUGGAGCAGUGUUGCUGGACUACAACUCCCAUCAGCCCCAGCCAGCAUGCUCAAUGAUUAGGGACAAUGGGGGCUGUAGUUCAGCAACACCUGGAGGGCCACAGGCUCCCCAUCCCUGCUUUAGAGCUUUGAGAAUGCUUGGUUGCCUUCAUCCUUUGGUUGCCUACGUAUCUAGGAGGAGGGAGUUCCACAGCCCAGUGCCAUCACGUAGAAGCAUUCUUUAAGAGCCAAGUUGUGCUCAACUUAAAAAGAGAAAAGCAUUCUUUCAGAGCAGUGUUUCUCAAGCAGUUGACUGAGACCCCUCAGUGGUCCUUGGGCCACAUCAGGUGGACUUCAGUGUCUCGGCAGGAAAUGGGUAGAAAUACUUUGAGAGACAUGUGGGAAGAGAAAUAGAUAAAACAGGCAUAGGCAACCGGGCCCUCCAGAUGUCUUGGCCUACAAUUCCCAUGAUCCCUAGCUAACAGGACCAGUGGUCAAGGAUGAUAGGAAUUGUAGUCCCAAAAAUCUGGAGGGUCAAAGGUUUCCUAUGCCUGAUACAAAAGAUAAAACCUUCUCCAUUUAGAGCCUCUGGUUCAACAAAUUCUGUCUUAAAUGAGUCACAAUACCUCUGGAACAAAUGCCUGUUCUUAGGGUGAGGAAAGCUGAACUAUGGAACUCCUUGCCACAAGGAAAACAUUGUUGCAAAUAAUUUAAUCAUUUCCAAAUAUGAACCAGAUAGCAGCAGAAAGGGGUGUCAGGAAUUGCCAGCUGGUUGUGCCAAAUGCUGCCUCCAUCUGCCAUCAUUUUGUGACUGCAAAAAAAGGAAAACCCAUGCAGGCAAUAGUAAUAGGCAAUUACUGCAGUAAGAUCCGUUCCAAAAAAAAUUUAUCUUGUGUUUUUUUUAAAAGAGCUUUUCAUGUUUCAAAACUUGCUUCUUCUCCAUUAUUAAAACUUUUUCUUGUCAGUUUCAUAGGAGCUUACUGUUAUACAAAAUUUGCUUCUCCAAUAAUACAGAUUUUUGGUAUCCGUUUCACAUAAUUUGCUUCUUCAGUUAUGCACCUGCAAAAAAUAUACGUAAUAGCUCCCAUCAGUUACAGUUUUCUUUGUUCAUAAACUCAAAAGCCUUGUUGCUGACCCAGUGAGGUACAUUAAAUAUACAUGUAUUAAAGUUGUCACAAACCUCAUUCUGUUCUCUUUUAUACAAACAACACUUGCAUUCAAAUUAUAUUACAUGAGAUUCAUACCAACCUUACAAAUGCCUUCUCAAAUUUUCUGUCUUGGGCAACUGCCAGGGUUUACCCUCCUGUAAAUAUCUCUCUGUUGGCCAUGACAACUGAAUGAAGCCUCCAUGUUCAUUGGCAGUGUAUCUUUGAUAGCCCUUUGAUAGACAAGCAAUCUUUGUGCCUUCUGGCUGGCUGCUGUUGGGAACAGGGAGCAGGGUUAGACCUCUGGUCUUGCUCACUAAUGCAGUUUUAGUCAUUCUUAGGUGCUCACACAUGUUGCUUAAUCAUCCACUCAGUUCAUGGCUAAGUAUGUAUUUGUACCCACGUCUUGUUCAUUGGGAAACACAUUUGCAUUGCAUUCUAGCCUUUGCAGAUUAUAUCCUAAUGGAACCAAGUGAGGAAUACGCCCCCAUCUUUGCACUGAUGCAGGAGAAGAUCUACAUGAGCAAAAUUGUUGUUGAAUUCUUGCAAAAUAACCCUGAUGUCAGCUAUGAGGACCUGCUGAACAAGAUAGAGGUUAGUCCAGCAGACCAGGGCAGCUGUGUCUUGUGUCUGUAAGAAGACCGACGUCAAGGAACUCAGAUCAGCAUACAUUGUCUAUCCAUCUCAAUUCUUUUUGUCCUCAAAACAACCCUAUGAAGUAGGUUAGACUGCCAUUGUGUGUCACCAUCUUGAGAUGGCUGAGCAGCCAUUUUUGAACACCAGGCAGUUGAGAGAGCAGAUGAACCUGCUAUUGCAAUGCUUUUUUGCUCUUGCUUAAAAUUCUUCUCCUGACUUGCCAGUUUAAAACCAGUAGAAUUGUUAAAUUCCUUCUAAUUCUGUCUCCAGACCACUGUCCCUCCUGCUGGAUUAAACUUCAACCGUUUCACAGAAGAUUCCCUCCUCCGGCAUGCCCAGUUUGUGGUAGAGCAAGUGGAAAGCUAUGAUGAGGCAGGAGACAGUGACGAGCCUCCUGUUCUCAUCACCCCCUGCAUGAGAGACCUGAUAAAACUGGCAGGAGUCACGCUAGGCAAAAGGUACGCCAGCAGCUGCACCCUGGGAGUGGCCCUUCGGAGGUGCUUCAUCUCCUCUUUCGGGCUGUGCAACUUAACGCCAAAGGAGAAGGCUUGCGUCAGAGAACCUUCUUUGGUGCUCAGUAUUUGCCACACUCAAUGUUCGGGAGGUGGGCUCUAGACUUUCUCUUUGGUCCUGUCUCUUUCUGUGUGCAGGGAAUGUUUUUUAGGGAGAAGGAUUCAAUCAUGUGACCUGAUGUUUGGCAUAGCACAGCACAGAUGCGCCUCCUGGUCAGUCAGCCCAUCUAAGCCAGUACUUACGCCAGCUGGCAGCGGCUCCCCAGGAUUUCAGGAAGGAGUUUUUCCCAGCCCCACCUGGAGAUGAUGAGGGUUGAGCCUGGGACCUUUUCCAUGAGAAGCGUGUCCUCUAUCACUCUGCUAGAACUCCUUCUGCAGAUCAGCUGUGUGCUAUUUGGAGGAGCGCGUGGGUGAAUUUUCCUCUUGCCUAUAUGAGGAUAGAAUACUGUAGCUCAGAGAUAGACGAUGUGGUACCUUCCAGAUGUUGGUGGCGCUACAGCUCCCAUCAGUCCCAGGUAGCCCAGUCAUGGGUGUGGGGUGCUUAGUCCCAACAGCUUCUGGAGGGCACCAAAUUGGCUUUGAGAGCUGGAGAAAGGGGGGAUUCCAUCUUGUUCCAGUGUUUUCCCUGUCUCCUGCAGGUGCUUAGCUUUUCACAUCUGUCUUCUCCUCCUAGACGAGCAGCAAGAAGGCAAGCCAUUCGGCACCCUACCAAGAUCGACAAGGACAAGGGCCCUACCAAGGCAACCACCACGAAGCUGGUCCAUUUGAUCUUUGACACCUUCUUCUCUGAGCAAAUAGAGAAAAACGAAAAGGAGGAAGACAAAGAGAAUAGCUUGAAGCGCAGACGCUGUGGGGUUUGUGAGGUAACAACAAAAGAGAGGCUGCAUUGGUGACCCAGACACCCUGUUCUGCCUACAGAGAAAGGGUGGCAUGAGGAGUUCCAACAUGGAAGGAGCAGCGCUUCCUCAUCUUUUCUUUUUGGUCUCCUGGACACAUUCAUUUCCUGCCUUAUGGAACUCCCCUUCCCAACACUGCUGCUCCUGGCCAAACAGUUCCCAAAGUCUUCAAAUAUAGAGCUGUCUGGUUCAGCACACAGCAUGCAGAUUAAGGUCAACUCCCCCCUCUGCUUCUUGGGUCACUUUUACUUGAAGCAGGGCAGAUAGACAGAAAGAGAUGAGCUCCUGCAUUGGUCAUCGGCCCCUGGCUUUAAUUUGGUAGCUAAAGAAGAGAGUCCCUGAGCAUGUAUUCCUGGAUUUUCCUCCAGCUUUAUCUGGUCUUUCAUAGAGAAGACUACUGUUGUACCUUCCAGAGCUGAGGGUGAGAGCGGCGUUAGAAACAGAGAUGUGAAAGCUUGGAGCUAAAGGGCACCUUAAACCGAGGUUAUGGCCCAACAGCGGAAUGUCUAGGCGCACUUUUUAUAACAAGAAUAUGAACUGUAGCUAAAGUAUUAUGUUCAUUUUUCACAUGGUCUGGUCCUUCCCCUGCCCACCCCCCUAAUAUUCUUAAGAGGGUCUCGUUUCCAGUCUUCAGAGAGUAGCUGGAAGUGGAGAGGCAGAAAAAGCUCCUCCUUUCCUUCCACUCUGCAGUUUUAAUCUGAAAUCUUAGGUGCAGUACUGCGCCCAGAGCUCAGAAACUGCUUGCGCUAAUGAAAUUCCCUGUUGCAAAAUGUGCCUAACAAUGGGAGCUCCAAACACUGAGUGGGAGCAGAGCUCUCUGAUUACCUGCUAUUACCUUUCUGCUCCACCAGAGGAAGCAUGAAGCAACCUGAAGCAGACCCCAAAGCACCUGUGGUCACGUGACACAGGACGUUAGUCAUCCUUCUCUGCAGGGCAAUGUGGAGCUCUUUAAAUAUGGGGUUGCCACCUUUGGUUGGGCAAAAUAAGGGACAGGUUGUGGGAGGGGAGUUGGUGGGCUAAAAAGUACUUCACCUGGUGCAGAAUGAAAUUGUUUCAAAGCAAUCCAUUACAGUGGAUUGUUUCCAGUGCUGGUCAUGCUCAUAGAGUGGACCCAAUGAAAUUUAUGGAUCUAAGUUAGCAAUGCACAUUAAUUUCAAUGAUUCACAUCCUCCCCAACCACUGAAUUUCUGCCUGUCAGAAGAAUGGUAAAUGUGGAAACCCAGCCAAAGAAAGAAAGAAAGAGCUGGAGAUAGCAACAGUUUUGUUUCUCUUCCUAACAGAGCUUUGCCUCCAACGUCCCAUGUGCCAGUUCUCUCUCUCUCUCUCUCUCUCUCUCUCUCUCUCACUCACUCACACACACACACACACAUAUCCUAGUCAGACAAGUUCAUCCUACCACUAGAGGAUUCUUGUCACAUACCUGAAGCAUUUUUAAAAGAAUUCAUAGAGACAUAGAAUUGUAGGGUUGGAAGGGACCCCAAGGGUCAUCUAGUCCAACCCCCUGCAAUGCAGGAAUCUUAACUAAAGCAUCAUUUAAAGCCACUAACAGUUGUGGAGUUCCACAAAGAAUCCUGUUUAAAAAAUCAUUUUAUUUUCCAUUUUCAGCUUUCACAAAUAUGUUAACAAGAAAAACAAAAUCUUUCUUCCCCUUGACUUCCCUCCCCUCCUUUCUGUGGUUCUUUAUUUCAUAUCUUUUUAUUACUGUAUAUCUGAUUCAAAUAUAUUUACAAAUUUUUCCUUAUUUCCCCCUUAAUUGUCUCUUACUGCACGUGCUUAUAUCAGUCCUGCAAAUGUUUUAAUUUGUUUACAAAUACUCAAUAAUAUUUCCCCAGUCUGUUUUAAAAAGUCUCUUGUCUUGAUUUUUUAUGCUUCUGGUGAGUUUCACCAUUUCUGCAUAUUCCAUUAAUUUUAAUUGCCAAUCUUCCCUUGUCAGAACUGUUUCUUCUUUCCGUCCCCCAAAGAAUCCUUGUUUGUUUUGAGACCCCCUAUUGCUCUCCCAGAGAUAUAAUCCCCAGAGUCCUCUGGAAAGAAGGAUUGAUUGCUAGACCACUGUUCUUUUUCAGGUAGCAAAAUGUCUUGGGCCAACCCAUUCCUGCCUAUUUAAACAGACAGGAAUGGCUUCCCUGAGCAGGUCACCAUUUGGAGUUUCAGUGUUUGCCCAGCCCUAGAAGAAAGUCACUAUAAGUUCUACUGAUUUUGCCAGUCCCCCUGCAUUUUUAUAUCAGGAGUAACAAGGUUGGUCUGCAAUGCAGGGAUCUAAGAAGUACUGAAAAAAUGGCUUUUAAAAAACCUGCAACCAGUUCUAAUAAUUGUAGGUGGCAUGUGCCAUCAUUAAAAUAUGCAUUUAGUUCUAUGUGUGAGAAGGGUGCGGGAAGCAUCUUUCAAAAAUAAUUAAUUGGCAGGAUUAAUAGAGGACACCUGAUCAGUGAUCACUCGUAUGCAGAUGCUCCAGAGCUGCUGCUUCUGGGACAGAAUUGUUAUAUUAAAAAGGUAGUGGAUCAAAACAAAGAAAGCCCCCUUCCCCAAAUGCCUGGCCACGUGCUUCAUCUUGCAAGCAAAACUAAACAAAACACUCAGGUUCAGCCAUAGGCUGCCUCCUUGCCUCCGACAUCCACACUCUUUCUCUCCCCUUUGAAAAGGCUGCUGCUCCACUGUUGGCCACCCUGGAGCGCCAAUUAGCUGGUUUUGGAAGGGAGGGAGGGCUCAGUUUCCUGAGCACCUAGCAAUUCUGGUUGCAUGAGACAAGCAAGUUUGGGUGAGCUCACAAAUGCCAAUUUUGUUUUUAUGACUUCAAAAAUGGGACAAAUAGGGUGCCAGACGGGACAGGGGACUCUAUGCCCCCAAAACAAGACAAUCCCAAUUUUUAAGGGAUGGGUGGCAACCCUAUUUAAUAUGACCCGUAUUUUCAGAACUCAUUUGCACAAUUUCUAUCCUGCACAUUCCUGAGAUGGUUAACAAACUAGUGAAAACCAGCAAAAGCUACAUUGGCAGAGGGUGGAGAGAAAUAAAAUAAAGCAUAUAUCCUUACACACCGAACUUAAGCAGUAGCAAUCCACUCAAAUGUACUGUAAAAAAAAUGCCCAAAUUAAAAAAACCCCAGUAAUUCUUAAAAGUCUUAAGAAAACAUGAAUGUUUUUAUCCUCCUGGUGUGAAAUGAUAGUCACAAGGGUUACAAGGCAGGCUACCAUGGGAAAACUGUAUAUAAAGUUUAAGGGAAGAAGUCAAACUUCUUAACAUUUCCCCCAAAUUCAUUCCGUCUCUCUCUCUCUGUCUGUCUGUCUCUCUCUCUCUCUCGUAGCCUUUGCCAACCUAGCACACUCCAGAUAUUUUGCACUGUAGCUCCCAUGGAAUUGGCUGGGGCUCAUGGGAGUUGUAGUCCAAAACAUUUAUCAUGGGUCGUUCCCUCCCUUUCCGGGGCUACCAUCCUUUAUGUUAUUUAAAGGCUGUGAUUUGUUUUAGAGACUGCUUUGUUUAGAGGCCUGUUAGGAAUCGCCACCAAUGGAAGCUGGGUCAGCAUCUUACUGUUUCCUAAGAGUUUGCUGAGUCUUCCUCAGAGUGGAGCCUAUCUUGGUUUGGGAUACACCUGCCCAUUCUGCUUACCCAUCCACAGUUUCCUUGUGAACUACCCUUGUUUGGAUACUUGUCUCCUGGCAGGUGUUGGGCCAUAUGCAUAUGUUGUCUCGGCUCCUUCUUCCUUCCUUCCUUUUUUUUCUCUUUCCAGGUUUGCCAGCAGCCAGAGUGUGGCAAAUGCAAAGCUUGCCAGGAUAUGAUUAAGUUUGGUGGCACUGGGAAGUCAAAACAGGCCUGCAUAAUGAGAAGGUAAUUAUGACCUCCGCCUUGAAGGACUGCAAGCUUGGGCAAGAGAUUCAUCCACCUGUGUCCAUUUUUGCCGACCCAACAGUUGAAAACUUAUACAUGCACUCAGGUUUAUAUAAUGCACAUAAUUGUGUUACUACUCUUAUUGAAAUAAACCACCCACCACACAACUUAUCACAUCUCUGGUCAAGAUAUGUGAGGAACUGUUGAAUCCUGACAUGGCUAUAUGGAUUUAGAAUCAAUGUGAAUUGAACAGUUAUGAGUUGAGGAUUUUUUAAAAUUGCCUUGCUUUCUGUCUCUGAGCAAUUGCAUCGUUAGUCCCAUCUUCAAACUCUUCUCUGCAGCAAUAAGGGCUGGAUUUAAUGCUGCUCAGUGUCAAAGUAUUGUAAAGCACUGUAGAAAUGAGAUGAUUCAGGCAAACUAAAUUAGCCAGGAUUAUGUAAAACAAAACAUGUUUGUACUGUUGGUAUAAUAUCUCAGUUGAGAAAUCUGCUUGCAAAAUGAACACAUUGCCGAAUUGAGGGGUUUGCAGGGAGGGGAGUGUGUGUGCAUGUCCUUGCCAAAUUAGGCCUCCAUUUCUCAGCUGCACAUUGUAUUUUUUUAAAAAUUGGUUUUAGAUGUCCCAAUCUGGCCGUAAAAGAAGCUGAUGAAGAUGAGGAAGUGGAUGAUAACAUCCCUGAGGUGCCCUCACCCAAAAAAAUGCUGCAAGGAAGGAAGAAGAAGCAAAGCAAGAGCCGAAUUUCCUGGGUGGGAGAGCCUGUCAAGGUAUAAUGCCUGCACAGGAAAAGGCAGUUCAAGCAGUUGGAAAAGGGAUUAGCUUGGUGUCGCACAUCCAAGUUUGGGGGGCGGGGAUGCAGAGAUCCCUUGAGUUCAACCUUUGCAUUCUUGUUGUGUAUUGCACUUCACUGUGUCAUUUGGGGAUACCCAGCAGGUUGCACUCCAGAUGUUGCAGGACUAAAUCUUCCAUUAUCCCUGACAAUAAGCCAUGCUAGCUGGGGCUAAAGGGAGAUGGACACCUGCAACAGCUGGAGGGUACCAUGUUGGCUGCUGUUGUCGUUUAGUCAUUUAGUCGUGUCAGACUCUUUGUGACCCUAUGGACCAGAGCACGCCAGGCACUCCCGGAGUUUCGUCAAAUUCAUGUUGCUCGCUUCUAUAACACUGUCCAGCCAUCUCAUCCUCUGUCGUCCCCUUCUCCUUGUGCCCCACAUUGGCUAACCCUGGUGUAAAACAAUGUUGUGGUGCAUUGCUAGAGGCCCAGUCAGUAGGUGUCCACAUUAUGGGCCUGAUAUUCCUGGGUGCCCUAUCAUUUGUGGUUUAGACACAUCUUUUGUCUUUUUAAAAAAAUACUACAUUUUUUUAAUAGAAUCAUAAAAUUAGAGAGUUGGGAGGGAUCCCAGGGAUCAUCUGCUCCAACCCCUGGAUUACAGAUGCCAGUCAACCUCUGCUUAAAAGCCUCCAAGGAAGGAGAGUCCGUUCCACAGUCAAACAGCUCUUACUGUCAGGAUGUUCUUCCUUCCUGAUAUUUAGCCAGAGUUUCUUUCUUGUAAUUUGAAGCCAUUGGUUCAAGUCCUACCUUACAGAGCAGGAGAAAACAAGCCUCCUCCAUCUUCGAUGUGAUGAAUGUCACAUGCUUUAGAUAUCCUUUAAAUAUUGGGAAAUGCCUAGCGUAUCUCAUCACGGUCUCCAACCAACCAACCAACCAACCACCCAACCCAUAACAAUCAUUCUCUAGACAGUUCAGAAACCAAAAACAUUAAAGCACAAACUAAUUAAAGGAAGCUGAAACAAUUUCUUUUUUGCAACCAUGAGAGUUUGAGACAUGCUUAGCAGAAAAUGAAAAGAAAUUAAAUCCAAGCUAUGCAGAGACCUAAAGAAGGCAGCAGUUCUACACACUGCCAGCCAGAUGCUUUGGUUCCUGGUGCAGUUGUGGCCAGGCAACAUCCUCUAAUCCAGUGGUUACCAAUUAGGGGUCCAGGGACCCCUGGGGGUCUGUGGAAUGCACCCAGCAGGUCCGUGGCCCCAUCCCUUGCCUGCCCCCAACUAAUUUUUUGUCAUUUUUGCAUGGUAAUAUCACAAAUUUUAUGUUCAGUUUUAGCGCUGUGCGAUUUUUCAAUAUAUUGGCCAAAAGCAGUUUUGAAAUCACACCGUGAUAAUGAUUUUGACCCAGCAAUACACAGUAAUAUAUUGCUCCUUGUACAAGGGAGAGCAGGGCAGCCAGUUUCAAGGCACCACCAAUUGCACAAUGAUCUCAGCUGAUAACGCUGCUGAUCUGAGCUGCUGUUGCUCAUGCUGAGGGAAAACAGGGCAGCUGAUUGCAGGGUGCUGCCUUCUCUUCACGCUGACGGAGAACAGGGCAGCUGGUCACCCUCACUCCAAGGCACCGUGGCACUACCUUCCCCUGGCACUCAGGCAGAGCAGCUUUUCUCAGCAGGAAAGCAGCAGCAGCCACAGUGGGGUUUGAUCCACCCCCACCCCCUCCCACUCAAACCAUGUGGUGGAGGGGACUCCACUUCCUCUCCUUCCCUCACCCAUCUGAUCCCCACGCCUCAUCUCCAAUUUCAGACAUCUUGAUAUAUCAGAAUAUCAAGAUGUUUAGCUGCUGAUAUAUCAUGUUGUUGAAAGCCAGAUAUUGCUCAGCCCUAGUCUGGUUUUAGUAUACUGAAAAUCCUUUGCUUUUUAGGGAGUACCCCACAUUUUGUUCAAAAAAUUGCUUUGCAGAGUUAAUUUCCAUAGAGUUAUCAAAAUAUUCAGAAGUAGGGGGUCCAUGGCUUGAAAAAUAGGGGGUCCUCAGUAAUUAGCUGAUUGGGAACCACUGCUCUAAUCCCUUCUGCCAAGGCAGAGGGAGCUCUGAGAUGUGAUGACAGCAAGCAAGGUGGGUGUCAGUGUGCUUAUGUAGUCUUCAAGACCCCAGCACUGGUGCUUUUCUCGUCUUGCCGUCUCAUUGACACCACCCUCUUUCUAUCUGCAGAUUGACGGCAAAAAGGAUUUCUACCAGAAGGUGUGCAUUGAUUCAGAGGCCCUGCAAAUUGGUGACUGUGUCUCUGUCAGCCCGGAUGACCCCACAAAACCUCUUUACUUGGCAAGGUGUGCUGUCAUGUUGGUGGUGUAGGGGCUGGGCUUGGACUCAACCUUCCGUCCUGUCGUGUAACUUGGACAAAGGCUACCCAGAAACUGUAUUUAGGGAUAGUGGCAAGUUGCUUAUUAGGCUGUAUACAAUAUGUAUGUAUUUUAUUACCAAGCAUGUUAGAAAGAGAGAAGCCAUGGAAGGGGGAUUGCAUUUACUGGUAUGAAUUAUUCUGAGCCCACUGCUGCUUCCUAGAAGGUGGUCUCCCCUGUUCAGUAUAGGCUUCUUUUGUAAGCUGUUGCAAUGUCCUGGUUAGGGGGCUGAGCUGUGAGCUAGGAAGCCCUAGGUUGAAAGACGGCCUCAGCUGUAAACUUUUCAAGUGGCCCUAUGCAGUCUGCUCUCUCCCAGCCUUAGUUCUCCCCCCACCCCCAGUCUUCAGUAUAAAGGGGUCUACUGGCCUACUUACAGAGUUCAUAAGGAUUGCUGAUUUUCUUUGGAGCCUUUCUAACCCUUUGACUUGCACAGAGCUAUAGGUAAAGUCCUCUUGCCUGCCCCACAUGUUUUUUGAUGCAUUCUCAGCUAGGCCACCUUUUCUGGGAGCGCUUCAGACAAAACGUCUUUUUCCGAGGGGGGGUGAUGUCUUUGCCUUGGUUUCCAGUUUGAAGCUCAUCUUUGUUCCUUCUCCCAGAGUCACUGCCAUGUGGGAAGACGCCAGCACUGGGCCGAUGUUCCAUGCCCACUGGUUUUGCCGUGGCACUGACACCGUUCUGGGAGCAACCUCUGAUCCGCUGGAACUUUUCUUGGUGGACGAGUGCGAAGACAUGCAGCUGACUUACAUUCACGGCAAAGUCAAUGUCCUUUACAAGGCUCCCUCAGAGAACUGGUCCCUAGAGGUAUGUUGAGGAAUUCCACUGCUCUGGCAGCUUAGAUGGAAGGGUGGCACCACUGUCUCCCUCUGGAGCUAAUAUGCUCACAGUUCUCCACUAUGUCUUGUUCUUAUCUUAUGCCUGGCUCCAGCAUUUGGGAGGCAGCACUGCAGCGGCCCAUGGCAGCUACUUAGGUUGGUCACAGCACCAUGCCAGAGCUGCCUUUGCCUGCUCAUGAAGAGUAACAUAGGAAGAAGUUAGGUAACUGUAAGGGGUGGGGGGUGUAUGUGUAUACACACACACACACACACACACACACUUUAUAUUUAGUGGAAUUGGUAUAAUUCUUAAUUCUAAAAAGUCCCUAAGCAGUGUAUAUAAAAUAAAACAUACAUUCAAAUUACAGUGGUAUGUACCUAAGGUUACAUACGCUUCAGGUUAUAUACGCUUCUGGUUACAGACUACGCUAACCCAGAAAUAUUACCUCAGGUUAAGAACUUUCCUUCCGGAUGAGAACGGAAAUCGUGCUCGGGCGGCGCGGCAGCAGCAGGAGGCCGCAUUAGCUAAAGUGGUCUUCAGGUUAAGAAUAGUUUCAGGUUAAGAAUGGACCUCCGGAACGAAUUAAGUACUUAACCUGAGGUACCACUAUAUCAGUAAGAAUCAGACUUAAAUACAAACUAGCCAAAAGAAAAUUACAAGAUAUAAGUAAUAUCAGCAAGUACAAAAUAAGCAUUUUAAAAGAAAACCACAUGCUAAAAUGUCACAUUUGCAUAUCUUCACAGGCUUGUCUAACUAAACACAAAAGGCUUUAGCCGGUGCCAAAAAGAAUGCAGCCCAAGUGGCUGCCUAAUGUCAAAGGGCAGGGAGUUCAAGGGCAUAGAUUCUUCCCUGCGGAAACAUCAGUUUCCUGCAAGUGCCAAAUGAACAUCCUGUGGCAUUUGUAAAAGUGCCAGUUCUGCAGAUAAAGCAGUAGCGUGGGCAUAUAUAGGGUAAGGUUGUAAAGAGGUUCCCACCCUAGUCAGAUUAGGCUGCUGGCUGCAGGAGGGCUCCCUGGGGGCCCCAUGUCAGGGGUCUGGGCCAGGCAAAGCACCAGCUUUUUUUAAGACACUGGAAGGAUCAAGUCACCUGAUAAUUCCAGUAGGAGCUGUGACUUUAUGUGCAGUCUCCUUGCAAGGUGGUCUUGAAGCAUAGGUUGUCCCACCCCCAAACAUUUUUCUUUCCGCUUCUGCCAGCAUCUGUUGUGGCAUUUCUUAUUUUAUUUUUACUUCCAGCUUCAUAGGGACACCUUGGGCAUGACUCUCAUCUCUCCCCCACCAUAACUAUUGCAGCACAUUUUCUUUUUGUAUCCGGUCCAUGUGUUGCCAUUCAGAACAUCCUGCAGCCAGGAAUUCCUCAGACAAACUGAACUUGGGCUUUUGUGGCUUCUGCGUGUGUUUGGGUGCAUGUGCACAUGCUGAAAUCAUAGUGGCCAUUCUUGUUCUGCUUAGAUAAUCUGCUUGCUUUCAUCUCUCUCCUCCCCACCCCUCAACUUCCAAAAUCUUCUUCCCAUAGGGAGGGCUUGAUACAGAGAUCAAAAUGGUGGAAGAUGAUGGCAGAACGUAUUUCUACCAAAUGUGGUAUGAUCAAGAGUAUGCCAGGUUUGAGACUCCGCCAAAGACUCUGCCUCCUGAAGACAACAAAUACAAGUUAGUGCACCAGACUAGAAGGCUUUGGCAGGGGAGGUGUAGCUGGAAAAUAUUGAAAGUGGGGUAGAAGGCAUGGGGUAGAAGGCCUUAGGUGCGAUAGAACUUUAUGGCAUUGGUUUGGAUGCUCCAAACUGUUUCCGUUGUCCCAUUAAUCUAGCGCUAGAAGGUGAGGGUUUGUUGGUGUCUACCCCACGCCACUCAAUCUAAUCCAAGUAUCCAUCUGCUUUCCUCCCAGGUUCUGCAUGAGCUGCGCAAGUUUGGACGAGGUGAGGCAGAAGGAAAUCCCCAAAGUCUUGGAGCCCCAGGAGGAGUUGGAAGGGAAGAUGUUCUACAGCAUGGCAGUGAAAAAUGGAGUGCAGUAUCGGGUGGGAGAUGGAGUCUUCCUCCUUCCAGAUGCCUUCCUGUUCAGGUUGGUCUUUGAACAGGCUUCUGGGUGGAGCAAGAGAAGGGAUUGCUUAGUAUAGGGCUGGCUCCUUUGUUGAUAAUGCAGGAAUCAAAAAUCCAAAUUGAUUCAUACCAGCUCAACGCAUUUAAAAAUGUUUAUUUUUCAGAAUAUCACAUCUUAAAACGUCAUUUAAACAUCAACAGUAGAAGAAAAGGGUCACUAAAAGGGAAGGAAACUCGUUGGAUACAGUUGUGGGAGUUAAAGAAUUAAGAAAGAAAUGCAAUUACAUUGCAGAUCUUCAGGGCAGCCUUCUAAAUAUUAUUGAUCAGUCAAGAGUCCUCAGCACAGCCUUGCAAACCAAUCAACGAUAAUUAUUGUGCAGGCCACAAAAUUUUGUGCCCAUUUGUCUGCUCACGCUUAUACCAGUUUGAAGUCACUCUCCUCCUAUUUGCAGAAACUUUGACUUUGUGUCGCUCAUUGAUUGCCCUGGUUUUUAUUUCAUUCCCAUUUUCUCCCCUCUCCCCAGCCUGAGGCUUGCCAGCCCUAUCAAGCGGCAGAAAAAGGAGGCAGUAGACGAGGAACUGCAUCCUGAGCAUUACCGCAAGUAUUCUGAAUACAUCAAAGGCAGCAACCAGGAUGCACCUGAGCCGUAUCGCAUCGGCCGAAUCAAGGCAAUCUACUGCAAUAUUCGCAGCAACGGCAGGCCCAACGAAGCAGAAAUCAAGCUGCGUGUAUACAAACUUUACAGGUAAACAGCAAGCAGGAUGGCUUUACCAGCAAGAUGGAAAAAUAAACUUCGUUUUUGAAUUGGGGAUACAGAAGGCAUCUUCCAUAUGCAUAUCCCUAAAUGGGAAACUUUGUGUCUUCCUGGGCGCAAAGACCUUGCAUUCAGGAUUGCCCAUGAGGUAACCUUUCCCCCCGCAAAGCAAAACAAAGAUAUAUGAUCCUGGUAACUUGCUGUUCAGGAGAAGGAGCAAUGUUUGGAUUCAGGAUCAAAUGGCCACAACCAAAUGCAUCUUUGUAUUUUAACGUGUUAUUUUUAAAAAUGCUAAGAUCAGUUGCUGAAUGAGGAUUGCAGCAGGCAGGGAGGAGCAGCUUAGCUCUUUCCCCCUUAUUGUGGUCUUGAUGAAAAUUCCUGCUCAUUGAAGCUGCUGUUAGCGGGGGGGGGGGGGAAUCCUCUGUUCGCGUCAAUAACGUGGACACACUUUGUGUCUCUUCUACUUAGGCUCCCUCCUCCUCCUCCACUGUAUAGCAGGUCAGUGGGGUUAGGAUGUAUGUGCCCUACAUAGUGGAGUGUAGAGUGGUCUUUAUUGAGGACUAGCAAACAGUGGGCAGCUUACAGUUAUAAAGAGGGGUCCUUCCCUCCUUCCUUCCUUCCUUCCUUCCUUCCUUCCUUCCUUCCUUCCUCCUACAGCCCACCCUUCCUCCAAGGAGCUCAAGGUGGCAUACAUGGUUAUCGUCCCACUUUUAUCGUCACAAAACCCUGAGAGUGAGUGACUGACCCAAGGUCACCCAGUGAGCUUCAUGGUAGAGUGAAGAUUUGAACCCAGGUCUUCUAACACACUAACCCCUUUGGACAUGAGACGUGGGGAGCAGACCUCAUAAAGGAAGUUUUGAGAGAACAAAUGGUUGGAAGAAGGCUUGAGGAUUUUUUACAUGGCGAUUGGUUAUGGUGAUGGUGUUGAUAGAUGUCAGGAGGCAGGUGUCCUGUGGGAAGUCCCUGCAUCCUGGUAACAAAAUGGUGACCAAGGAAGAUGUACACGGGCAGCAUGGGUCUGAGGGAGAAAUCCUCGACUGGCUGGCAUACCAGAGAAGAAAACGCCGAAAUGUAUUUCUGCAAAGUGUUUGAACUGAAGGUGGAAGGGUGGAAGAGACAAGUGUUAGCCAAUUUAAGUAAAACCUUUAUUUUUGAACUCUUAAGUGCAGCUGUUUUGUAGUUCAUGAAAAUCUUUAAUAAAAAUUAUUUUUUUAAAAACAGCAGUAGCAAGUAAAAUACAUAGUUCUAAAGUGCCUUCUAAGAUAAAGUAGCUGAACCAACAUUGAGAAACAUCUGAAAUGGCAAAAGUUAGGCCUACACUAGGCUACGAUGUGAACAGGUACAUUUUGUUCAUGUAAAAAGCAGCAUGUGGGUGGAGUGUCUGCUACCCCAUUCUCAAAAGUAAAUAUCUCAUAUGGCCGCUUAUAGAUAUUACUAUAAAGUCAAUACAGUAAAAUCCGAUACUGCCUAAGAUCAAAUCUGCAUAUGCAAAAAUGAGUCAUUGCAGGCCUUCCAGAAUAAACAUGUUUUCGGACUUCCGGGUUGGCACCUCUGGCAAUGGCAGAUUUCCUCUGAUCGGGAGGAAUCCGUUCCGUGGAAAACAGGGUCUGAACCGCCACGGCGAGGCGGAGACCCAUUAAAAACCACAGGCGGGAGAAGCCUGUGGACGUGGGAUUCGGCCGGCACCUUUGCGCAUCCCCUACUCGCGGGGAAACCCUGUUUUGGGGAUCCGGAGCGACGUGGGGUGAGUGGCGCGGUGCUUUGAAUCGACUGCUUCUUUCAUGGAGUGAAGCCGCAUUGCUGUUGCCGGAGAGCGCUGACUUUUUCCUGUGGACAAUUGGACUUUAAACAUUUACUCGUGAGUAAAACGGAAAAUUGGAUUCUUAAAUACUUUAAUUCGGCACUGAAACGGGAAGGUUAUAAACAGGAAGUCCGCCUCCUGUUUUUGUAAAUAGAUUGAAGCAAAGACGUUACAAGUUAAAGCCUUUGAAAGCUUUUGGCAAAGGAUCCAAUUUCCACCGGUUUAAAAUACAACCCCCCCCCCCUUGGAAGCAGGAGAAGAGGGGGAAAUUUUGGAUCUAGUGAGCCUGCAGGAGAGAGUGAAAAAAUCAAAUUACCACUGCUCUGAACCUGGGAACGGGCUGCCAGAUGACAUUUGGAGAGAGUGCUUUCGACAGAACGGAUUUGACAGCUAGCUAAAUAGGAGUAAGAUACUGUUUCCAUUGUCCUUUUCUGCGUUCAAAAAAGAGGAAAAGUAACUGAAAAUUUAUCUUUAAUGCUUGAGUUGCGCUUGAAAGAACUGAUACAAGUGGAGACUGUUUCCCUCUAGAGGGAGCUUUUGAAACUGUUACAGGAGUGUAAUUGGGGGAUUUCCAGUUGCAGAUAAGGAUUCUGAGAACCAGAGAGCGACCUUGGACUAUUUAAAAAUGUUGACAGGAGAGGCCAUUGUGACUGUUUUAUGCAAGAUAAGCUGUUCGCUGGGACAGCUUCACAAGAAGAUGGAUGACAUGACUUUCAAAGUUGAUAAUUUGGAACAGAAAGUGACCAACUUGAGUCAAAAAGCGAACACCAACACAGAAAUAAUUCAGGACUCGGUACAGGAACCCAUUUUGGCAGGACAAAUGGUGGAGGAGAAGGAGGAGGAGGAGAAUGCUACUGUUGUUGAACACAAAAUAAUACAAGUGAGAUCUGUGGUUUUACAGAAGCAAAUUGAGGACUAUAAGUUGAGGCCUUCUAUGAUUGAAUCUAGGAAAAGUUGGACUCCGAGGAAUGGAUCCCCGCUUGGAUUAAAGAAGGAAAGUUGGAAAGAGCCCUCUAUGCAGGGAUUAACUGACUUUUGGGACGUGGACUCGGGCCUGGAGGAGAUUGAAGUUUUGGGGGCCUUUGGAAUUGGAGGAAUUUUGAAAUAUACCCAGAAAUACUUUAUGGACUGUAGCUUUAACUAUGGAAAUUUAGCUGAUCUGUUCAGAAGGAAGAAAAGGAUUGACAGGCUGGAGUUUCCCUGAGAUUUGCUCUUUAGCAUUAAAGAAAAUGAAGAAGACCUGCAGAAGGGACUUGGAAAAGAGUUAAGAGCCUCGGACAUAAGAUCACCAGGUUGAUGGACUUUAUGGAAUUGACGGAAAGGACUGGGGGAGGAGAUGGUGGAAGAAGAUUGGAAAAUUUAAAGUUUAUAUAUAGACUUAUGGUAAAAUUAAUGAGUGAUGGAAAAAUGGUGGAAUGAUUUUUUUUUUGUUUUUUGUUUUAUAUGGGCUUAACAGAAAUGUUAUAAGGAGUUAAGCACAUAUAAGUAUUUUAGUUUUAAUAGAAAAUAAGGUUAAAAAAUACGUUAUUUACAUUAUGUCAGAAAAUGGAGAAAGAUGGAAAGGAUUUGCUGAAACAAUUAAUAGAAGUGGAACAGAAAAAGGGAGGUGUGAGGAGGUCGAGGAAAUAAGGGAAUGAAAGAUAGAGUAUGGAAAAGAGACAAUGUAUGUUUUUAAAUUGUUUUUGUUUUGUUUUAUUCAGGGUUAAGGUCAGGGAGUGGGGUUUGUUUAGUUUAGUUUAAUGUGUUUAGUUUUGAGUUUAGGUUGUGUUUUGUAUUGUUUAUAUACUGCAUUGUAUUGUUUUUUCUUUUUGUUUUUCUCCUUUGUUUUUCCCCCUGUUUUUUUCCCUUUUUGCUUUCUUCUCUCUUUUUGUAAUCUAUAAAAGUAAUAAAUAUUAUUUUAAAAAAACAACAACAGAAUAAACAUGUUUUCAAAGCACAAUUAGAAGUGCAACAACCUUUCUCUCAGCCUGACUCAUUCCUAGUAUUGGAGCUGGGCUUGUGGGCCUGUUUAGCUGCUUGAAGCCAUUGAUCAAGAAAAAUCCUCCUCUGCCUCCCCUGCUUUAUUUAUGCAGAAGACAGAGACACGAUUGGUCAGAUGUGGCUGCUCCAUCAUUUCUAGCUUGGCUCCUUACUGAGUACAUCAAAAUGAAAAACACCAAUAUUCAAUAUUUGAGAGCUUGGUCAUCAAACAGAAUUUAAUAGUACAAGUGUUUGUAGCCCAAUAUCCGGUGUGUUCCAUGUUUCUAUUUUAUGGGGCGGACAACAAAUAAUGGAAGAAAAAGCAGUGCAGGGAAUGCCCAACUCCCUUCAGUCUCAGCCCCAUCGGCAUGGCCAGUGGCCAGGUAGGAUUAUGGAAGUUGUAGUCAUAAGAGCAUCUGAAGGGCCACGGGCUCCAUGCACUUGGGACAGAGGAGUGAAGUGACCAAAUCAACACCCAGACAAAAUGUGGAUGGCAGAACUGAAGGCAGGUAAGACUGCCUUCAAAUACCAGGGCAAUGGGAAAAAAACCUCUGAAAGCGACAUGGCUGAGGAAGCAUCAUUUAUUUCAUGUUGCAUGUUUUGUUGUUUGGGCCUGCUCUCUUCCCAGAAGAAAAUACUUCUCUGUGCUGCUGUUUUUCCAGGCCAGAGAACACCCAUAAGUCCGUGAAAGCCAGUUACCAUGCAGACAUCAAUUUACUAUACUGGAGCGAUGAAGAGGCCACCGUUGAGUUCAAAGAUGUGCAGGGCCGCUGCACGGUGGUGUAUGGGGAAGAUUUGACAGAAAACAUCCAGGACUAUUCUGCCAGUGGCUCUGAUCGCUUCUACUUCCUAGAGGUGACCUUUCCCAUGGCACAGUUUGACUUGUGCAGGCAUUGAUGCAUUCUCUACAUGCCAGCUGGUAGCCAAAGGCUGCUAAAGCCCUUAGUGGCUCACGGCAUUUUGGGGUCAGAGAUGCAAAAUCCAUCCCCACCCCAAACAUGCACGAAUGAACAUGAAGACCAAUUCACUGGCACGUUUCCCCCGUGUAAGCCCCAUUUAUGAUAAGGAGGGACCUGGGCAGGAGAAGCACUUAGUAGGAUGCGCCCCUUGGGUCAGGCGGGGCUGCUGCCUGGCAUCCAGAAUCCACUACCUGAGGCAGCUGUUUUAUGGUGGGCUGGAGCCUUUGGUCUAAAGUAUUAAUUUUCCACUCUGUCCAUGUGUCCCAGCUAUGUACUUGGGAGCCCAAGGAACUUUCAGAAAGGUUUUGUGCUUGGUCUGGGCUAGCUUGAAGGCCAAAAUGUUUAGUGUUAAGUUUAUUUUUAUUUAUGUUUUUGUUUUCUAGGCAUAUAAUGCAAAAAUGAAAAGCUUUGAAGACCCACCAUAUCAUGCCCGUAGCUCUGGAAAUAAAGGGAAAGGGAAAGGGAAAGGGAAAGGUGGGUGCUUAAUCAGUACAUAACUGCCUCCGUCAGACUGGUGUUUGAGCCCAGCCCACUCUUAGGGCGGGAUUCGACUAAUUAGUCCUGCCAGUGGCAGGCUGUGCAAAGACUUCCCCCUUCCCCUCGUGGGGGGUCAGGAUAACCUCAAAAACAGCAUGCAGGGGAGGAGAGCAGGGGAUUGUUCCACGUGGAAGGCUGAAGAGUGCUGAGUUCUUCCCUCAGACCUUUGGAAGUAGAAAGGAAGGCUGUGUAAACACUGCCCUGCAGGGAGGCAGGCUGGGGGUAAGGGGAGAGAAUCAAAAUUCCCAAUUAAUCCAGUAGUUCUGCAGACAGAAAAAUGAUUUUAGCAACUCAUAUCAGACACUACAACGUUGGGUGGAGUUCGACCAAGUCCUACUCUGAGUAGACUCAUUUAAAUUAAUGAACCUAACUUAGUUAUGUUUGUUAAUUUUGUUAUGUGUACUUGGAGUAGGACUAGCAUUGAAUUUCACCCAUUUCUCAUAACUGAUGGCUUGCAUGAUUGUGCUAAUCCAUGUGGAGGCACAAAGAGCUUUGCAGGGCAUGGAACCAACCCCCCCCCCUUGACUUCUGAGGGGAGCUGCUCUGUCCUCAAGCAUCUGGGACGACUCUAGCGCUAUAUAUUUCAGUCCCCGUUUUGCAGACACCAGGGUUAGAUCCAGUGGUAGUAACUCUGGAGAGUUAUUUCCAGUCCCAGUGGCUGAAGGCAGUUUCCUGUGUUCUUUUAAUGUAUUGUUAAAUGAACCCACAGGACACCCCGUUCCUUACUCUCAUUUUGCAUAACUGCACGAAAGCCUAAUCUAUAGCGGGGUUUUCUGAAGGGUGGGGCAGCCACUCACAGUAGGCUCCCGCUCUCCCUCCCACCAGUUGCCAAAUAUUCCAGCAGCUUGUCUAAGAAAUAGCACUACUGUCUCCGAGGGAUAAUAACACCCUAAAAGGGAAAUGUAGUUGGGGGCCCAUAUCUGAUCAUGUGGGAAAGCCCCAAGUCCACCCAGCGAAUGGGCAAUAGAGGCUUUCAUUGUGGGCUACCCAGAGGCAUCUGGUUGGCCACUGAGAAGAGGAUGCUGAACUAGAUGGGCUGCUCAAAUGUGUGUAAGUUAUCCAGGGAAGCUGGAUACGCAUGCAAAUGUAAUGAGGGGAGGAAUGAGGAGGCAGAGUUUCUGGGUUGUAGAAUGGGCUGUUGCACUUCAGAAUGCAGGGAGGGAUCUUCUUUUUGAUGCUCCCCUGCAUGAAAAGCUUCCUGCAAGUAGCAAAUUAAUAGAUCAGAGAGUGGGCUUGAACCUUUCUUCGCUGCAGCAUUCACUGCAGCAGGGGUCAUUUUUAAAAGAUAGCAUCCCUCCCCUGGUAGCUUAAAGUAGGGCGCCCAUUCCCUUUUGUUCUGCUGCCCAAACUCUGCCUCUUCAUUCCUCCUCUCAGUGCAUUUGCAUGCAUGAAUAAAAUAAAGGAAAACCACGAGAGGCUCCCCCCCCCGCCUUUUGCAUGGUGGGGAGGGAGGUGAAGGUACAGUGUCCUAGCUCCCUAUGGAAAGCCAGCAGCUGGCCUGCAAAAGCCUCUUCUUGAAAAUCUCCCUUGCAUUGCAGUGUAUCGCUUUCUGAAACUGCUCUUAAGGGGGCCUUAAAAGUCCAAGUCCUGUCCUGCACCCUGUGGGAUCAGAGUGCCAGCUGUGUAGCUGUCUUGCUAUGACCCAAUUUUGAACACCCUCUCACCCCAGUUUUGUUCUGUUUUUGACACAGGUAAAAGCAAAGGGAAAUCUUCAGGAGCAACGGAGCAGAGUGAAAUUGAAACUGCUGAGAUUAAGCCAUCAAAGUUGCGCAGCCUGGAUGUGUUCUCUGGCUGUGGAGGCUUGUCGGAAGGGUUCCACCAAGCAGGCAAGGCCAUUUAAAAAAGCCAUUGGAAGGCUAGGAAGUGCAGGAUUAGCAGCCAAGAUGAUGGAGCCAGUGGUAGAUUCAGUUUUGUUUGCCGGGAGGGGGGGGAUUUUGUACCCUGCCACCCGGCUUUGGAAGUGAGGCGUGCAGUGUAAAGCUCUUUUUCCUCUUUUGGUUUCUUUUCCUAAUGGCAGAAGUCUCAGAGACUCUGUGGGCCAUCGAGAUGUGGGAACCAGCAGCACAGGCCUUCCGCCUGAACAAUCCUGGCACCACAGUGUUCACGGAGGACUGCAAUGUCCUGCUCAAGCUGGUCAUGUCUGGGGAGAAGACCAACUCCUUGGGUCAGAAGCUGCCACAAAAGGGAGACGUGGAGAUGCUGUGCGGUGGACCACCUUGCCAAGGCUUCAGUGGGAUGAACCGCUUCAAUUCGCGCACCUAUUCAAAGUUCAAGAACUCUCUGGUGGUCUCCUUCCUCAGGUUGACAGUGGCUUAAUCAGCAAUAUAAGUUCUAGGGGAAAACCAUUACUCAGCAGUAGAUCACAUGCUUCAAAUGCAGAAGAUUGUAGGUUCAGUCCCCAAUGCCUCCAGGUAGACUGGGAAUGUCCCCCCACCCAAUCUGAAACCCUAGGGAGCCAUUGCCAGUCAGGGUAAAGGUAAAGGGACCCCUGACCAUUAGGUCCAGUCGUGGCCGACUCUGGGGUUGCGGCGCUCAUCUUGCUUUAUUAGCCAAGGGAGCCAGCGUACAGCUUCUGGGUCAUGUGGCCAGCAUGACUAAGCCGCUUCUGGCGAACCAGAGCAGCACAUGGAAACACCAUUUACCUUCCUGCCGGAGUGGUACCUAUUUAUCUACUUGCACUUUGAUGUGCUUUCGAACUGCUACGUUGGCAGUAGCAGGGACUGAACAACGGGAGCUCACCCUGUCACGGGGAUUCGAACUGCCGACCUUCUGAUCGGCAAGUCCUAGGCUCUGUGGUUUAACCCACAGUGCCACCCGCAUCCCGCCAGCUAAAAAGCUGAAUCAGGGUUGUGUAUGUGUUGUAGUUCCACAGGAGGAUAGAACAUGGACCGUGACAGUGACUACAGAGUUCAGCUUUCCUGGAAAAUCUCUGUGUAUUCUUUUUUUUAAAGCUGGAGGUGAAGGUGAGGCACAUUUCUAGGCCUUGCAAGUGUAAAUGAAACCAAAGCAGGUAGUGUGGGUGGAGACCCUGUGCCCCCCCCCCCCAUGGUGUUGGACUCCCACUCCCAACAACCCCAGUCAGCAUGGCCUGUGAUCAGGGAUGAUGGGAGGUGUAGUCCAGCAACACCUGGAGGGGAGGGCCACAGGUUCCUUGCUCCUGUUACCAGCAUUUCCAGUGACUGGAUGGCUUCAGUGCCCUACAUAUCUCCUUCCCCCUUCACAUAACUAGAAAACCCUGAAUUAUUGUUUCCAUUAAAAUGAAGAGAAAUUAUGCAGUUUGUUCAAAUUUGCACAAUUACAGCCUGAACUUUGAAAUGCACCCACUGUACACCUUGUGUAAGGGGAAGCUUUCCUCAAGAACAAAUGAAAGGUGGCUUGGGAAUUUGAGAUCACAGGUAGAUUUGUGGGAGGCCGAGAGAAGCUGCGCAAUAAUUUCAUUUUAGGAUCCCUCAUCUGUGCUCUGAUCAAGGGAGAAGCAGAGUACACACCCGUUAAGCCAAUGUGACAUAGUGGUGAGACUCUGCUUUGAACUGGGAAGGUCCCAGUUUGAAUUUCAUUUCUGCUAUGGAUUUGCUAAGGCAAGCCACUCUCUCAUCCAAUGGCCCUCCAAUACAGGAAUCUUAUCAAACCGCCUUAGGUAAGGUAUGUGUGUAAGGUAUGCUUGAAGCGCUUUGAAUGCCCCAGAGCACCAUAAAAUGCUUUUAUUGUUACUCCUUACUGCAGUGUGUUCACUUUAUGAAUAAGUAUGCAUGGAAUGGGUGAAUGUUCUGUCCCUCAGUGACCGGAACCCUUGUGAGACCUGAGGCUGUACUGGGAGAGUGGGUGAGGUGGUCGGGCUGGGACUUGCCCCCAUAUCCUAGUGUUGCUGAGGAAACCUGUCUGCUGUUGGAGAGGGGAAAAGAGCCCACAACUGAACCCCUAUGACCCUUCUUGUUCUCCAGCUACUGUGACUACUACAGGCCGAGGUUCUUCCUGCUUGAGAAUGUGAGGAACUUUGUCUCCUUCAAGCGCUCAAUGGUGUUAAAGCUCACCCUGCGCUGCCUUGUCCGGAUGGGAUACCAGUGCACUUUUGGGGUUCUGCAGGUAUGUUAGUUGGGCAGCCUCUCUGUCAGAGCAGGGGACGUGUCACAGUGAGUGUGUCCUCUGCAGGUUCUCAGAAGGAGAAAGAUUCCUCUUAGAUCUGGAGUCGAACCAGAAUGCCAUGAAAAGUGAGAGCUGUUAGGUGGUUUUGCUGAGCUCCCUCCCUCCCUCCCCCCAACCCCCAGUAUGCCAAUUCUUGGGUUGCCUCAAUAGUUUUGAAGAGAGUUUAGAGCACAGGUGGGAAACCUGUGUGGCCCUCUAGAAUCUGGAGGGUUACCACCAGAUACGGAACUCCAAGCUAGGGUAGAUGCUUUUUUAGAUUGGAAUUGUUUUCAGGUGGUGAACUGGUGCUAGCUGUAGAUUGUGGCAAACUUGAUUGAAUAAUGCAAGGCAAGGCAAUAAAUUCAAAACGACAAGUUUGUAGGCAAGUUUGCAGCUUUUGUUCUUCCUCAGCAUUAACGUGUGUGUUUUAAUCUUCCUCCCUUCCAGGCUGGUCAGUAUGGUGUGGCCCAAACACGCAGGAGAGCGAUUGUGCUGGCUGCAGCCCCAGGAGAGAAGCUUCCCAUGUUCCCUGAACCUCUGCAUGUCUUUGCUCCCCGAGCCUGCCAGCUCAGUGUGGUGGUGGACGAUAAGAAGUUUGUUAGCAAUAUCACAAGGUAACGGCUGUCUUUCAAACUUAACUGUUGGCAGUUUCAUGGUGUGUGCAUGUAUGUUUGGGGUGCCUUUAAAGACAAAAAACAGAACCCGGCUAGAGUUCAGCUUUCAAGGAUCCCCUGACAAAGGCUCUUCUCUGCCAUCCAUUGUUGGACUUAAGGCUAUGCUCCUAAACUUUCUUCAGCAUCAGCAUGUCUAGAAUCACACUGAACACUGAUCAUUUUUAGUACCUUAUCCAAACUGCACAGUUUCAUUGCAAGAUCACCACUGUUUGCAGAUAAGCCUCUUUUUUUACAUAUGUCAGGUUUCUCAUUCACAUUUUGGAUGCAUGUUUGAGCUGAUUCUCACAUGACAAGGGACAGAUUUAUCUGAGCCCCCUCCACUUGUGCUUUGAGCCCUGUUCACUGAGUGCAGAAUGCCUUCCACCAGGGUCCAACAUACGUAAAGAGGGCAGGAAAAGCUCCCAAGAGCCCUGCAGCAAAAAGUUUUCGCCCCCUUCCCUUAUUCUGGCCAGCAGCCAUAAUCUUGAAGCUGUUUUCUGAAACUUAUUUUUUAACGUUGGGAAUAACUACUCUUCUCAAGUAAGGCUUUUUAUUUGUCAGUGGAAGCAAGUUGUAGCCAAAGCCUGCUAAUGAACCAUGCUUCCUGGUAUGAGUGGAGCCAUGCCCCCCCCCCCGAGUAGGGGAAGGCCCAGGCAGGAGUUGAUCUGUAAAGCACCUUCUUCUGCUGUUCUCUAGGACCUAUUCAGGCCCAUUCCGAACCAUCACAGUCCGGGACACCAUGUCUGACCUUCCUGAAAUCAGGAAUGGGGCAUCAGCACUUGAAAUCUCCUACAAUGGGGAGCCACAAUCUUGGUUCCAGAGGCAAAUUCGAGGCUCUCAGUAUCAGCCCAUCCUCAGGGAUCAUAUAUGCAAGGUGAAGCACUUUUUCUUACUAUGGUUAUCUGGUGAUGGGGUGGAAUGCACUGUAUUGAGGUCCAGAGCUUCCUAGGCUCUCUUGAUAGCUGCAUUCUGAUUUCUGAAGCAAAGUCCUUAGGCUUCCACACAAUUUGAACAUGGGAAACUGCCUCAUGCAGAGUUGGACCUUUGAUCCAUCUAGCAUUGUUUCCACCGAUUGGCAGCCUUCUCUUCCAGCGCUGCCUGGAGAUGCCAUUGGGGAUUGGACCUGGGACCUUCUGCAUGCAAAGCAGACCCUCUGCCACUGAGCUGCAGCCCUUCCCCUUGUGCUGCUGGAGAAAAGGACCCAAGCAGCUGUGCUGUGCGGCCCCCUCCUCACCAUUGUGCCCUUUGUGCCACUGAGGAGUCUCCUCCCAGGGAAAGAGUAGUCCCUUUUAUACGGAGGGGUAAGCGGUGGCCCUAAUGGAUUCUGACUGGGAAGCUGAUGCUGCUGAAGCGCAGGGGAUGAACUCUUGACUUUGUCUCCCUAGGAUAUGAGUGCACUGGUGGCUGCUCGGAUGAGACACAUUCCUCUGGCCCCAGGCUCAGACUGGCGUGAUCUGCCCAACAUUGAAGUGCGUCUCUCCGAUGGCACCACCACCCGCAGGCUGCGCUACACACACCAUGAGAAGAAAAAUGGGCGCAGCAGCACAGGAGCCCUCCGGGGGGUCUGCUCUUGCGCUGAAGGUACGGGAUGCCAAAGGUCACCGGAGGAUGGUUCUUUCAGUCUUCAGUCCUUUAGAUGCUCUUCUCAUCCCUAAUGGAUUCAGUGCUUCAGGGUCUUUGUUGGGUCUGUCACCUGAAAUGUUAAUAACCAGGGCUGAGAACUAAUUGAAAAUGGUUAACCUAUAAAUGAUUAAAACCUUAGAAUAGCUGCAUAGUACAAUUGCAUCUUACGCACAAUUUGGUUGAAAGCCAGCCAACUGAAAUUGCACAAGGCAGAGAGCUUCAAAGCUCUUUAUGUACUGGCUUUUCCUGAUGGAGAAAGAGCUUUGAAGCUCUCCGCCUUGCUUAUCAGGCAAGUCCCGCUUAGCACAUGGGCUCUAGGAUUCUCUACUGGGAACUCAGACGGCCCCGCAAGUUCUUGUAAGACCAUGCCAGAAUGUGUGCUGAGCUUCAAAGCUCUCCACCUUGCUUGCGUGGUAAGGAACGUGGUCAACGAACAGGCUCUGAAAGGUAAGGGUACUUGUGUGGGGGCAGAUCGAGUAUACACGACCAUACUGUAAUUGAAACUGGAAUAUAGGUGUAUAUAUGAGAUUGUGAAGGAAGUGUGAGUUGUUACAAGUUAAUAAGCAAACUCUGCCACUCUAUUUUGGUACAGGCCGCCGAUAGAUAGAUAGAUUUUAUGUCUAAAUUGGAUCUUCACAUUGUGCCUAACUGGAAUUUAGUGGCAGUAACAGUGAAAUAGUUGCGAGGGGGGGCGGGGGGGGCGUAACAACCCCUUGCUCUCCCCUCCCCAAAGCUACAGAUCUUUCCUGACCUAGGUUUGUGGGCCUGCAUUUCUAAGCUACCAGGGAAUAUUCUUUGUAGUCCAUGAGUAAGCCCCAGGCCCACAAGGCAAAUGGCAUUUUACCAGGGCAGCUGUGGGAAACCUCUGAACCAUGGACCUAAUUGGAACCAAUGCUGCACCCAAAUUAGUCCACAGAGUCAUUCCAUACAAGCAGCCCCCGCCUGCUCGACAAAUGGAUCUGUGUGAUCUGUGUGGAGCAGGUGCAGUUGGCAGGUGGGGUCUGUUCUCUGUCCAUGUCGAUUAGCUUAUUGACCCUGACAGGGACCCCCAUUGGAACUGAGUUUUUCAUUGGGGUCUCCCUAGUGCAGCCAAGAGGGGUCGCUUUCUCCGUUUAGAGAAAGUGGUUAGGAUCCUAACCACUUCUGCAAAUGGACUGGCUUUCUCCUGCAAAAGGUUUGCAUUCAAACCACUUCCUUCGAAGCUUAAAAGCGGCUUGCUGGGGCCAACAGAUGGCUGGGCAGUGGGUACACAAAUCGCUUUGAAGGUGCAAUCCCAGCAGUGCUUUCAAGUGAGGUCACUGUAAGUGCUUAUCAGUUGAUUGGCAAUUGCAGUGAAUUCCUUUGACAGUAGACCUCAGGAUUUUGUGGCAAUUUUAAAUACCCUUUUAAUGAAACGGUAUUUCGAAUUAGAAAACAGAGACGGUGGCUUUUCUAGGAUGUUACAGUCCAUGGCCCCUUGCAGUUUUAUUCUGAGGCUUGUGGUGUAAUUCAGAUUCUUGUGUUAAAGGGUUGUUGUCCCCCUUGGUCCACACAUUCAGUGGAAGGUUUGUCUGAACUCUGUCAUCCUUCCUAGGCAAGCCAUGUGACCCUGCGGACCGGCAGUUCAACACCCUGAUCCCCUGGUGUCUGCCCCACACGGGGAACCGCCACAACCACUGGGCUGGCUUGUAUGGAAGAUUAGAGUGGGAUGGGUUCUUCAGUACAACAGUCACCAACCCUGAGCCCAUGGGCAAACAGGUAAGAGAGAACUGCUUGAUAAUGCAUUCAGUGGCAUAUUUUGUGAGUUUAGCUGUAUUGCCUGGUGUGUUUUCUCUGUGGUGGCCCCUCUGGCCUCGCAGAACUCACUGCUCAGGAAGUCCAACUGCCCAACGUCAGGGACACUGAGGAAGCAUGGAAAACCUUUUCCAUUUAGAAGGCUUCUUUUCUUCAGUUAGGCCUUUCUUCAGUUACUCUGAAUUCUAAAAGUUUCCCUGAAGAUUUUAUGCAGUAUGGGCUGCUUUGGAUUUCUUCUCUUUUUAUAUUUUUAUGUAAAGAAAGCUCUUAAAUAAGCCAUGUGGAGGACCAGGAGGGGCCCCAGGGCCCUGUCAGAGGGACACUUCCCCCCACUCCUUCCCCUGCAUGUUUUCCAAAUUGACUCUGUUUCAUUUAUUUUACCUCAUGUUUUUAUCAUGUGAACUGCUUUGAGAUCUUUUGAUGAAGGGCAGUAAGUAAAUAUAAUAAAUAAAUGAAACAGGGCCAGUUUGGGAAACAUGCACAAAUAAACAGUCAAAACAGAAACAACAAAACAAUAACCCCCCCUUCCACAAACACAUUUAAAAGGGCAUUGGAUGUCAGUCAGCCCAAGGCCUGAGGAAUGUUUCUGCCUGGCGUCUAAAGUUAUAUAAUGAAGGCACCAGAUGAACCUCCCUGGGGAGAACAGUCCACAAACAGGGGGCCACUGCAAAAAGUCCAUUCUCGUGUUGCCACCCUCUGGAGCUCAUGUGGAGGAAUGCAGAGUCUGGGUCAGUUUAUAUGGGGAGAAGCAGUCCUUGGUAUAUUGGCUCAGGUGUGGGGUGGAAGAACCCCAGAACUGCAGAGGGAGGGGGGUUGUUCAGUCUGGCGAGCUGAUAGUGCAGCGCUGAAUUCUACCCCUUAUGCCCCGAGAAAGGACACAGCCCAAAUAUCAGCUGGAAAUGGCUCAUGGUCUUCCACCCUUUUUUGCAGGGGCGUGUGCUUCAUCCUGAGCAGCACCGGGUCGUGAGCGUGCGUGAGUGCGCACGGUCCCAGGGGUUUCCAGAUACCUACCGUCUGUUUGGAAAUGUGCUUGACAAGCACAGACAGGUAGGUUGCCACAGAUGUUUUGAGUGGGGAGGGAGACCUUUAGAUGCCAACUUUUAUGGGACAGCUUCUUACGCUUUUAGAGCAUGGGUAGGACACCUGUGGCCCUCUAAAUGUUCCCAUCAUCCCUGACCAUUGGCCAUGCUGUCUGGGUGCUACUGCAAGUUGGAGUCAAACAACACCUGGAGAGCCACAAGUUCCUCAUCCCUGCUUUUAAAAGAAAUGGAGAUGCCCAGAAAGAUGCCAAAGCAUCCCUGUUGCUUUGUUACUUUUUGUUUGUUUGUUAUUUAGCUGUCUGAAAGUUAGUGCUAGAGCACAGACCUAUCAUUAUUUCAAAAUUAAAAUAAAGGGGCUGACAAGCAUAUAGCUGUCUUGCCUUGCACAUUUCUUUAGAAGAUUAGAGGUUAUCAAAGCCAUGUAAGCUGGAACAAGUUUAAAAACCUUCUGAUGAAACAUUUAAAGUUUCCUGAUGCUUCAAAUUUCUGAAUUUGUGUAAACUGAGAAGAACUCAAGAUGCUAGAAGCAGCUGCCCAGCAGGAUGCAACAAAGAGAUUUCUCCAUCAGGGAAGAGUGAGCGUGUUUGCAUGCGUGUAUACAAAUACGCAUACACAAGGAAAGAGAUUAAAUACCCUUGCUGAAAUACUUAUUGUAAAAGAUAGCAUUAGAUGAUGGCUUAAUAUUCUAAUGCGUUUUAUACUCUGAAACUUUUGAUUGCCAAAUCAACAGGUGGCUUGCUCACAGUGAGCAAAAAGAGGAAGGGAGAAAGUUUUGGUACCUUUGGGUUCCAUUUGCACACACCCCACCACCACCUGCUUUGGUGGCCCUACCAAUACUUAGCAGUAAGUGAGGUGGUUUGCAGACAUGUGAUGACUGUUUAUUCUGCCCCUGCCCUGGCGGUGUUUUUGCAGGUGGGUAACGCAGUGCCUCCACCUCUGGCCAAAGCCAUCGGACUAGAGAUCAAAUUGUGUGUGUUGGCCAAAAUGAAAGAGGAUGCUACAGGUAAGCUAUGGAAUUUCGGUGAUGUAUUUUAAAGAGGACUUCUGAGCAACCUGUUACCACAGCUCUGGCAGACUCCAUCUCCCAUCUGUGGCAUGAAGCAGGGACAUGCCUCCACACCUGUUUGGGCUACAAUUGCAGCCUCUUUAGCAGCACAGUACUUCUGCAUUAUCUUCCCUGACUUAGGUCAGUUGCUACCAUUGUAUCUCUUGCCUGUCCUGGGAGUAACUAUUGAGGCAGCUAAGGGAGGGAGAGAGGCAUUUCCCCCCACUCCAGAAAGAACUAAUGGGGUUGCUUUUACAGUUGUACCUCGGGUUAAGUAUUUAAUUCGUUCUGGAGGUCCGUUCUUAACCUGAAACUGUUCUUAACCUGAAGCACCACUUUAGCUAAUGGGGCCUCCUGCUUCCGCCGCACCGCCGGAGCCCGAUUUCUGUUCUUAUCCUGAAGCAAAGUAUUUAACCUGAAGCACUAUUUCAGGGUUAGCGGAGUGUGUAACCUGAAGCGAAUGUAACCUGAGGUACCACUGUAUUUGCACAGGGCCCAUGUGCUUCUUGGACACCCUCACAUGCACACCUAGAGACUGGAGGACAUUUAGCUCUCUAGAUGUUGUUGGACUACAACACCCAUCAUCCCUGACCACUAGCAAUAAAUGCUGCCUGAUGGGAAGCCACAAGUUUCCCAUCCCUGGAAUAACAUAUCUAAUUUAUCUCUCUGGUAUAUUUUGUUCUUCUGCAGGUAGCAUCAAGCAGGAAAAGAUGGACAUUUCAGAUUAAUUUGUCAGUAGCCCGUCACCUGCUGCUCUUCUGUUCCAGCACCUGAACACCCAAACAUGCACUGAUUGUUUUUAAUUUUCUUCGUUUCAUUUUCUGGUUUAUUUGCUUUCUUCUGGACAUGCUGAAAAUUGUUGGAAGUUUUUGUUUGUUUGGGGAAUUAUCUUGUGUUCUGUCUUUCUCUUUUCAAGCCUGUAUUUGUGAGCAGUGUUUGUCUACAUGGCUGACAUUCUGAAGCUGUUUUGAUGUUCCAAAUAACCAUUCUCAAGUGAUCCAACUGUGCAGUGCCUGCCACUUCAUGCGUGCGUGUGUGUGUGUGUGUGUUGGGGGGAAGGGUUGCGGGUGUUUUUAUUAUGCAUUGUAUUGAAAAUUAAUCAACCACUUUGUACAAGUGGAAAUUAAUACUUUAUGUAGUUUUUAUAUGUUGUAAUAUUUCUUCAAAUAAAAUCUCUGCUAUAAAUUAUUC